ACACUCCCAAAUUACAGCAGAGGAAUGAAACUGGGGCUCCUUGCCUCCUUGCAGAGCGUAAGUGUUUUCCCUGGUAAGACCAUCGGAAAGAUUCCUCCUGCAGGCUUGCAUCAUGGAGGCUGGAAGUCAAUCUAGCAGUCAACAGAUUCUGUGGAAAGAUGUGAGUCCAAUUUUUAUCCUUGAUUUACUUUUUAUUUAUUUAUUACACAUCAACAAGUCACCAAAAAAACUAAAACCUACAAUUAUGAGCUCUGUGAUUAAAGGAAAUAGAAAAAGUCCAGAGUCAUUUAAUUUUCAGGUAAAAGUGGCUUCAACUUCUACACCUAUGUGAGUGAAGUGCAGGUGCAGCAGCAGGGAUCCUGUGAUAUGAGAGUGUAAGCUUUGACUAAAAUGUGUUGGAAGUCUGAUAUAAAAAAAGAGGGCUGCUUGAUCUCUCACUUGGUGAUCAGAGUUUUCUUGGAAUGGUAAUUUUUUCUAACUAAUUCCUUCAGGCUUUUCACCCUGCCUUUCUUUCUUUCUCUCCCUCUUAUAUUCAGUCUCAGUUGAGCCACAGUGUUUGCUUUAUGUCUAGAAUAUCCUCAAUUUCUCACAUGUGCUCAGCAUUCAAAUACACACUAAGAAUUGUCUUUUUAUAUUGAGGGGAAGAGUGAAAAGGAGGAUUUUUGGCUUUGAAGUACCUCCUUUUCCACCUCUCAUAGUUCAACUGUAGCAGAACUUACAAUAGAGCACAAUAGAGGAAUGGGGUAAGUAGCUUCACAGCACUGAGUAAUUAUCUUUUUUUAUGUAUAUGUGAAAGUAAAGCUGUUUUUUUGUCCAUCAUAGCAAGGGCAACUCUUCUAGCAGAGACUUAUAAAGUACACAGUAAGUGAUGGAUGAAAAAUGGCUACUAUUAAGAAAUCCCGUGUGGCCCCUUAUUUCAGUUUUUUUUUUUACUGAAAUCCAAUGCUUUAUAUGAGCAUGCCCUUGUGUGAUAAAACCAUGCUUCUGCUUGUUGAUUUUUGCAGGCUCCUUGUGUUUUUUCCUCUCCUGUUGUUUUCUCAAGAAAGGGCUCUGUCUUUGCAUUGUAACAGCAGGGAGCUGCAGGCACUCUUCCUCACAAAGCUCAAGAGGAAUCGCCUGGCUGAUUCUGAACUCCUAAACCUUUAAACACUAGUUGGCGGCUGCUGUGCACUCAGACUGCUCACCCUGUCUCCAUCCCUGCCUUUAUUUCUGUCUGUCUGUCUGUCUCUCAGUCCCACCUCCUUCCCUCUGAGUAUUUCGAUAUUCAAAGCACAGGCUGAGAGAGGUUUGUCCUCUAGUGAAGUUUCCACUGCUUAUGCAACCUGCCACAGGAGAGCACAGGAUUUCAGCCAUCCUUUUAUUAUUUGUCUUUUUUUCCUUUCACUCUCAGAUAGUCACAAUAAAAAGGAAUUCCUGGCUCUUGUUUUUUAUCAUGCCUCAGGAAUGUGCAGAACUUUGAUGUGCUGCACGUUUCUGUGGCAGCUGUCAAAUAUAUGGCAAGGAAGCACCAAGAGUUCAAGAUUUAUCACUGGCGAGCAUUUGGUUUAAGUUUGCUAAGGUCUAUCUUGAAUAAUGUGUCCUCUGUUCUCCCCCAAAGACACGCUGCUAAUGUAUUUACCGACCAGAUAUCCAAUCCAUAUUCAAGGAGGACUCUGUGUAACCGUAUGCCAUAAUUGCUAAACCAUAUUCUCAUAAUGUCACCUACAAACAAAAAUCUGUGUGAAACACAAGAGUCAGGAAUACUUAAGAUUAAUAUUCAAACAGAGUAAGGGUAAAAGUUGAGCAAAAAAAAGGACAAAACUUUUAUUUUAAUUCCUGCAUAUUAUUUAAAGUAGUCAGCAUGUUAAAACGCUCUCCAAUCCGCCGCAGCUUAACUACUGUAACAACCUCAGUCACAAUAGAAAACCAAAGCUGCUUUAUCAUCAUUUUAAAAAGACACAGAGAUAAGCAACACCAAUUUUCCUAAUUGAAGUUAGUUCAGUUUUUUUUUACAUAUCUGCUUUUCUGUUGUCCUCUGAGACCUUCACAAGUGGUCCAGUGUGAAUGAGAAGCUUUCAUUUUCUCCCCCGCUGGAGCUGUGCUGGAACAAAAGCCUGUCUUUAUUAAUUUGUGGCCCAAAGCUCAGGGAAUUGACUACGGCAGGCUGAGUGAGGAAAAGUUUAAUAAAUGUAACCUUUCUGUAGCAGUCAGCUCAUCCUUGUGCUUGGCAUGGGAAUGGUUUUAGUUUUGUUAUCAGUGGGUAGUCUAUAGUUACGAGAUCAAAUGACAUCUCUCUGGAUUAAACACGGUGCAGUUAAAGUUAAACAGCCAAAAAGUAUGAAUGAAACAAUAACACAUGAAAGCAAAGAUUGAAUAUUUUUAAAGGGGUGCAAAGCCACGGUCUUUAGAUGCUCCCACUCCAUCCACUUGCCUAUCAUUAUAUCAUCUCAUCUAUGUUGAAUUUUUUUUUAUGCAGUCUGUAAGAUGUUCUGAUCCAAGCAACCCCAGGUGUUAGAAAAUCGAAGCCAAUGUGAAAGCACCAGAAACCAAAGUUCCCUGAGUGUCCACUUCAAGCGGGCUCCAAAAGCCAAGAAAAGUCCAUCAGAGCUCAUAUUACGAUACUCAUUCUCACAGCAGAAAUAAAACGGUUGCAGUCUGGCACAAAAAAAUGCUCAUGGUCUGUAGCUAAAUGAUACCAGGUGGACGCAUUGUGGCUGUUUGUUGCUUAUUUCUGAAGUAUUUUGUGGCUAGUUGGAGACAGUGUUUGCAGGGAUAGUGAUUCCCAUCUGGGGGCUUCUCAGAAACCAGUGGGGAAGUCAGAGAAUAUAUCCAGUGUUAAUUAAACAGUCAUGAAGCACCACUACUGAGAGACAGACUAGCUUUGUUCGAAAUGUUUCUUUGACUGAUAAAUACAGUUUAAACUUUGCCAGAAAAGUCAGCCCCCAUACUGGUGUUACCUUUAGAGAUGCAAGAAUCACAAUAACUGAGCUUGACAUGCAGUACCGCAAAUGUCAAAUCAAAAUUUAAUCGAUUUGCAGCUAUUGGUUCAUUUUUUGUGCUGAAGUUCUUUGAUAUGCCUCUGACUUGUUUCAUUUCUCCUCAACAAUAACAGCAAAGACUAAUGGGUAAUGUAAUAUUUUGAGCGCUUUCUUUGCCAAAAUGAUGAAACAAUCUUAGAAUCAAAGGCUUAUUAAAGCUCCAGUAAGAAACUCUCUCUCUCUCUGUUGGUGACAGCGCCCUCCUGUGGACAAAUUGGUAACCCUAAUAUUCUUGCCGAUUUUGUUUCAUCUUUGUGAAUGCGAUGCUUAUUGACACCAAACCUCCUCCUAUUUUAUUUCUAUUGUUAAAUGUGUGCUGUGGGAAAAGUAACAAAGACUGUUUCUUGAGUGUAGCUACCCCUCUUAGCAGUUACAGACAUUAAAAAUGUCAAAGAGAAAUCAUUAUCAAUGGUCUCAUUUGCAGUGUAACAUCAUAGAGAUGCAAGACAGUUCAUUUCAGUUCGUUUCAUUAUCUAUUAAAAAUUCCUCACAGGAGCUUUAACUAGAAAAUAAAAUGAGAUUUAAAAAUAAAAAAAGGAGCUUUUGGAUAGUGUUGAUUUUGGCGCCCCCUUUGGAUAAAGCAGUUUCUUCAUUAAUUUUGAAUAUUUCAUGUGGAAAAUGUAAAAAUUUGACUUUUCAAUCUUGUUGCUGACGGUCUUAUUUGCUUUGUUUAUCAUGUAUGGUUCUUGUAUUGACUGGGUUCCCUAUGACAUGAAAAUAGCCUUCAAGCUUUUUGUUUUUAUCUGUCUUUUUCUAUGUGCUUUUUAACUAUAUGUCAAAGCACUUUGUAAACUUCUGUUUUUAAAAGUGCUAUACAAAUAAAGUUAUUAUUAUUAUUAUUAAGCAAUAUGAAUUUUUGUCUUUUUUAUAAACAUAUAAAAAAAAAACCUCACAGGAGCUUUAAUAACCGCAUAUUGUUGAUCAAAGGGGGUAUGAUAUACAAUCAGCUCAAUCUUGUUUUCAUGCUAAAAGUGCAGAUCUAUGAGGAGUAUCUUCCGCUUUAACUCCUUGGUCAGUAAGAGAAAAGGCUCACAUCUUUUUAGACUUCAUUUUCAGCCGUAUAGUCGUAAUACUGCACCUAUCUCUGAACCUUUGACUGUCUUUCAGGUUGAGGCCAUAAAAGAGAAGAAGGCCAAGUUCCACACCUACCAGCGAGUGGCUCUGAUUCUGGCCCUGGUCUUCAUCAUCCUGGGCCUCUGUAUUAUCAGCCUGAGGUAUCUGUGGAGCCCCAGUCUGGGGAAGGUAAGGCUAAAUAUCGCCUCAUUUUUUUGCCUUUGUUAUCUUCUUUCUAGCCACUGUCUGUGGUAAGUGUGGUCUUGAUGAGUGUCAGAUAAAAGACACUCUGAGUCUCCACAUCAGCAAAUCAUACAGGUUACAUCAAAGAAAAAAAAAACAGUGAGGGAAAUGGACAGCCACACAAAGAGCCAGAGGCAGAGCCUGCAGUCUGUGUUGUAUUGUGCUAGAUGAAAAGAUGUGUGGGUUGUGGAAAAAGACAGCUGUGUUUUGCUCUACUAUGUCUUGGCUGUCGGAUCUGUAAUUUCAUGAAUUCUUGGGCCGAAACUCAAACCACUUUUUACGCUGCAAAUGCUUGCCUGUUGCAUCAAUCUACUCAGUGCUUACAUUGUAAACAUCUUCUCACAAUGACGGAUCCUGAUGACUCAACACUGACCAUAAUUGCUGUUGACCAGAGUGGCUGCAGCAGGUGGACUGAAACCUCUUGGCAGUGUAAUUGGGAUAAACUCUUGUCCCGGCAAUUCAUCUUGUAAAAUCCAAUUCAAUCACUGUUGAUGGAGAACAUUUUCACUCUGCCUCUAUUGCCCGAUUCUCUCAGGGGGGGCUAAAAAAGCUAAUUUACCCAGACUAGGAGCUAAAAUACAUCAAUAAUUUCACAGCUAGAAACUGGAAGUUCCUAGACAGACAAAUAAAAAAAAUGAUCGCCCUAAAAUAAAGGUUAAAAUAAGUGCAUAUACUUAAUGUUUGAAUGCUAUGGUAUGAAGAGAGACGAAUGUACUCUGUAGGAAGUCAUCUGCGGUUAUUUCAACAGCUUUGUAAUCGACAUUAAUUCAAUCAAACUGAGCAAAUUCUUCAAUUUUUGCCUCCAUUAGGGAACAAAUUUCAAUUUCAGAUAGUCUUUUUCUGAGCUCAGGUUAACCAGGGUUCAUCUUCACUUCCUGCACAGAAUGUAUUGUCCAUGUUCCGUCCUUUCAACAUCGAUAUGAAUCACCUUUGAGCCAUCUCCUUUGUCCUUGUUAAAUAUUUCAUGCCGGAGGUAGAGCAGUCAUUAUUUCCACUUUAAUAAGCUGUGAUCAUUCUCACGUGGCACAAAAUGUGUUGAUGGCAGAGGUUGCCCGGGCGAUGAAUAUCAAACCUGCGGACCCUGGGUUUUCGCUUUAAUGGGGUCUUGAGGGGGAGGCUUAUUCUCUGGCCUCCACAUCAGUCAGUGAGAUGGAGCUGCUUCAAAGGAGAAUCACCUGUCUGUCAGAUGGCAAGAAAGCUGCUUCAGAAACAGUAGGACAGUAAAACUCAGGUAUGUGUCCUAAAGAACUAUCCAGUGACUGCUUUCAAGGUAAAGGAAAGAAGAGAAUUAAAUGGAUGGAUGGAGCCGCAAAUACUUUAACUGUGUUGGUUUUAACAAAACCAACUCUAUAGGAGUCAGGACAUUAUUGUUCAUGAGAACAGGAUUAGAUGGUUCCUAAUCAUUAAAACUCUACAUUUGAUUGAAAAUGGUGCAAGACAACGUUAAGUUCUAUAGCUAAAAAUGGGAUUGUUUUAUGAAAAAUAAAAUGCUUACUCUAAAUGUAAUGCCAGCAACGCAAUUUAAAGCCAUUGUGUUAGGGUCAUGUUCACAUUGUGCUGCAUCACCUCUUCUUUUACCCUCUCUGUGAACAUUUAGGGACCGAGGAGACCAGUCUCUGUGUUUAAUAAAACGAUGUUCCCUUCUUGCCUGGUAUGGGGUUUGAGCUGCUCAGCAGUUUUCUUCAACCAAAGAGUCAUGCUGUUCAAGUGCACAGGAAAAUGUAUUUUUAUAUCUUUUUUUGCUGCGUUGUGCAGUUGUGUAAGGUCUUCCCUUUAAAAAGCCUUGGCUGGAUGGCAGUAUAUGCUGCACAGAAAUCUGUACAUGUUGGUUACCAUUAGAAAAUAUGUCAGCUACUUAUGUCAUUGGCACUUAUGCAUCAAUAGCAUCAGGAAUACUGGCCUCUAAAACGCACAGAGCGGUGAACUCAACAUCCAUGAUUUCCAAAAGCAAUGUCAAUUUUGAUUUUUCAGACCACAAGACAGUUUUCCACUUCCUCUCUGUCUAUUAUAAAUGAGCUCUGGCCAGAAAAAUUGCAUUUCUGUUUUAUGUUUAUCAAUGGUUUCAUCACUGUUUAACACAAAUUAAAUCUACGUUUGUGGAUGCAUCGUCAGACUGUGUUCACAGAUAAUGAUUUUUAAAUGCAAUUGUGAUUUCCAAUAUAAACCAAUGACUGUUUUUAAUUCAGUACAAUCUGAAGACCACAGCCAUCCAGUCUUGGUUUUGGGACUUGUCCCUUCUGUGCAGAGAUGUCUCCAGAUUCUCUGAAUCUUUGACAAUUUUAUGUAUCAUAGAUGAUGAAAUCUCCGAAUUAUUUGCAAUUUUACGCUAAGGACCUUUACUCUGUAAUCACUGAACUAUUUCUCAUGCAUUCUCUCACAGAAUGGUGAAUCUCUUCCCAUCAAUACUUCUAAAAGACCUCUUAGGUCAUCAAGAUGUGCCCCUGUCCCAGCUGUUUUAAAACAUGCUGUUGGCAUUAAAUUUAAAAUGAUUAUGUUUCUCGUGGAACAAUCAAAUGUUUCGGUUUCAACUUUGAUUUACUGUCUUUGCACUAUAUAUGUUUUAUAUGUUUAUUUUUUCAUUUUAUUUUAAAUGAUAUGCAAACAUCCAAUCCUGUUUUUAUCGCAGCUCUUCAGCUCUUAUGGAAUUGGAGUUGAAUGCAUUUCAAUGCAGCAGGACUCUUCUUGACUCACCAGUUAAUCCUGAGUACUGACUGCCAUGUAUAGACUCUGGGCAGCAGAACUCUGCAGCUGAAGCCAAGGGAGUGUACAUAAUUUAUUUUGGGAAGCAGUUGUGUGGGGGUUGUUUUUUUUAUUUUUUUAUUUGAUGACAGCUCAUAUUUAAAUUCAGCCAAAGAAGUGUUUGUUUCUGUCCUAGUAUUCAAAAAUAUGGAGCGCUUCUGUUUUGGUACAACAAAGACGCACAGUUUUUGAAUAUUCCCCGACUGCCUGGAAAUAUGUACAACUCUAAGUUAACCAAAGGGCUCACUUAGGCAUGUAUGUCUUCAUUAUAGCACUAUAAUAUAUCUUAACCAGUACCCCAAAAAUCCAAACUCCCCUAAAUGGUUCAAUAAUUUUUAACCAACACAUCACUAUCUCUAAACCAGCAGAGCAUCAAAUGACUGUAAAGCUCAGUCAAUUAAAAAAACAAGCUCAGAUUUCUAUUCAAACGUACUGUUAUAGUUUGUAUCCAAUGACCGUAUUGUUAGCCCUACUCAUACUCAUACUGAGUCGGCAUCAACACAUCAUCAUCACACUUUUAAACUUUCACACUAAUUUUGCAACAGCAUACUAAUGGUGUUACCGUGUGUGAAUCCCUAUUGUGUUACGACGUUGCAGCAGCACAAAAGUUGAACACACAGCAAGAGCUCCACAUACGCUCACUUUCAGACAUGCACACACACACACACACACACACACACACACACACACACACACACACACACACACACAUACACAGCACUAUUCCACCCUGCCUGCCCUGUUGGCUCUCAGAGGUUCUGUCUCGCCUAUGCAAUGCCUCUGUUAUUGCCUGUGAUGCUGUCACAGCCGUGGGAUGACUUGGUCCCACCAUCACGCUUCAACUCAAAUUGAAGGCGAGACGGAAAUAUAGCACCUUGAACCAGCAAUAUGAAAGAGCUGUUGUCUGUUCUGUGUCACUGCUCUCAACAGCAGUCAUUGUGUUAUUCUUAAUCUUCUGUGUAGAUCUGAUAGUUUUUCCUUGAAAAUGUGUGUUGUUGCCAAUCUUAGCCAGGUCUCCUUCAGAGGAGCCAUCUCAAUAGAACUAAACUUUGAAUAAAUGCACUUUUUCUAGUCUUCUUACCACUCAAAGUGCUUUACACUACAUGUCACAGUAACCCAUUCACACCAUAUUCAAACACUGAAGGCAGAGGCUGCAGGGCAAGGCAACCAUCAGUUUUAACUCGUCCCAUUCACACACUGCUAUGGGGGCAAUUCAGAUUUGAGUGUCUUGCCCAGGGACACAUACCCAACCUUUGGAUUAGGGCUGCAACGAUUAGUCGACAUAAUCGAUUACGUCGACACGACAAAUUCAUCGACACAAAAAUUAAGCAUCAACGCAUCGUGUUAUUGUUGUUAAGAAUCACAUGCCGGCGCCUCAUGCUCAUCUUCACUGCAGUGCACUACAGGAUGUGCUGGGGGCAGUAGCGCUCACUGUUUAAAUCCCGCGAGCAAACACAGAAGAAGAGUGCACACAUUAUGGCAGAACAAACAGAAGAAGACGCUCCAAAACUGCGACCCAAAACUUCAAAAGUUUGGGGACAUUUUACGGAGAACAAACCAAAAAAACACGUUGAGUGCAAGCUAUGCUUUGCCUACCAUGGCAGCAUCACGGCGAUGCAUGAGCACCGGAAACGCAGACACCCCGGAAAUAGGUGUUUAUAAAUAAAGAAGAUAGUGAUUAAUCGUGAUUAAUCGAACGACUAGUCGAUAGAUUAGUCGACAAAAAAAUAAUCGUUAGUUGAAGCACUACUUUGGAUUGGGAGAGACCAAUCUCUCACCCCAAAAUAAGACUAUUUGGAGCUGUGAGUAAACUUACCAUGCCCUAAAUACCAAACACAUCCUCCACAUAGGUUGGUGGACCCCAAAACAGAGCUAAAGAGAGGGUGACUUCAGACUCAGUCACAACUGGGCCAGUCAAUCAGUCACUGUGAUCUGACAAAACUCAUCUAUAGCAAGGUGAUUGGAGCUAGUAUUUGUGCUUCAAAAAAAAAAAAAAAAAAAGUGAAUAAAAGAAUUCACAAAAAUGCCAGUAAACAUUAAACAGACUGAAGUGGAUGUCUGGGAGAUAAAUCAAAGUUUGUAAUCAGAGAUUAACAUGUUAAAAAACAAGCCUGUGUUCAAAGUACCCUGAGUAGUUUCCGUCUGAGUUUGAAAUCCUCUCUUUCUGUUAUCCAGCUGUGUUGAGACUGUGAACACCUGUGAUGUAAGAGGUGUGAAGAGACUGACAGAAUCACAUCCUUCUCUCUGUAAAAGUCUUGUUAAAAAGAAAGAGGUGAUGGAGCACACUGGGCUUUAAUCAGAUGUCACUUUUACAACAUUGCACUUUACCUGGAGGUUUUAAAAAUACAUCUUUUGCUUUUAGUUGGACCUCGACUGAAUUUUGAUCAAAACCAGGUGAUCCAAGAAACACAUGUAACCCCUCUUUGCCUGAUGAGGUAAAAAGUACUAAUAUUAGGUUUCAGUUUCAGUUUGGACCAGUUAUCAGGAUUCUAGGGAAACGCUCAUGGAGCCCAAGAUGAAAGAUCAACAUUGACCACACCACACAAAAUGAAUAUAUUUCCGAUCAACACUAGAAAAAUAGAACAACAAUAUUUCUUGACAGGAUAUGUAAAAUAGCAAAAGUGUGUGCUAAAUAAAAGAAAAUAAAAAUUUGUGUCCUUUGUUGUGUUUAGCCUGUAGUGUAUUUUUAGAUCAUUGGGGUCAUUUAAUCUUUGUGUGUCUAACUGUCCUACCACAACGCAGGCUUGGGAGGUAAAUUCAGUUGUCCUUUCUUCCUCUGGUUUCGGCUCGCCAUCUGGUUCUCUGGUAUCCUCUCUCUAGCGUCAACUAUUGGUGUCGCUGAUGUCCUCUCUUUCAAUCAUCCUUAAAAAAUCAGACCUAUGGAACAAGCCACAUUCAUUAGUUUCGGUCAAAUUAAAUUGCUACAGGCCAUAAUCUCUUAGUUACAAUAAAUAAUAAUGUAAACAAAUAUUUUUUUCACACACACACACACACGCACACACACACACACACACACACAGUUUAGCAUUUUGUCUGGAUUACCCUACCAUAUCAGCAAUUAGCUCAUUCAUUAGCUCUAUUGUUAGCUAAAUUCAAUACAAUUUCAUAUUGGCUGCCACCCCAAUGGCUAAUGCACGAGGUGUCAAUUAGCCGCUAGCAGCUAAAUUCGUACUCUUUUCCUCAAAAAUAAACUCACAAUUAAUAAUAAACUCACUGCCGAGCAGGUACCAUCCACCAGGACUCUGUGGAGUCAGCUCGCGGUGAGUUCUGACUCUUUCUCUCUGUUUUAACCACUUUUGGAUAUUUUCUCAGGCAGAGCGCUCCUCACGCAACCUGACGUGAAGUUUUUUUUGUAGAAUGGUAGGGGAAGGUCCCGCCCUCCAUCACCUCUGAUUGGCUAAAAGUGCUGGUUAUUCCUUAUGGCUGUGAAACGUCAUUGUCUGUUGGGUUAGGGUAAGGGUUAGGGUUAGGAGAUUUAGAAGUGCGAUAAUGUUCCGUAAUGUUCUGUUCGAUGUACAGAGCUGACAGCCCGCAUUUGGCUUGAGCGUGUGAUGACAUUUCCAGCUUUUCUAGCCAUCAGAGGUGAAGGAGGCGGGACUUUCCCCUACCAUUCUACAAAAAAAUCUCCUAUCUCCUAGACUGUGCGCACCUGCAACGCAGUUAGCCCGCGACGUCAUGACGCACUGCUUACCUCUCUUUCUCUCUGUACCGGGCAGUUAACCCUCGAAAUGCCAGCUAUCCUUCUCAUACAUUCAUACAGGCAAAAUAACAGAGUUUUACUCUUUAUUCUUUUAACUUGUUCACAGCUUAUGAAGCAGGGGCUACAUAUCGAUAAUAUACAGAGGAAGCCUUAAUGUUGCGUUUGAUCAAAUUACUGAAACCAUUGAUUGAAAAAUGUGUUCAGCUCCUGAAAAGCUCCUCUGCUUCUUGCGAAUUGACUCCUGCUUGAAUUAGUUUUGUGCUCAUUCGAUAGUUACACCAGUGUAUUUGCAUUUCAAAACCAAUUACCAGCAGCUAUCGCUUAGACAAAACAAAAACACAAACACAUAACAUAAAUAUAUCAAACACAACAUAAUGCUUUGACUUUAACAUGCCAAUUAGAGGUCCAAACCACAGCUGGACUGCAGCCAUGAACACUUCUCGUCUAUUCUCUCAGUUCACCAAAGCAGCGUGACCUCUUGCACCCAGCUUUGUAUAAAUAACCACAGAAUGGUAAUUUGCUCGGUGCAUUGUAUUUCAAUAUGACACGAUAACCACACGGGAUCUUCUUUUAAUUACCUGAAAACAUAUGUUGUUACAGAGGCCUGGGGAAGAUACUUUACCAUUAUUUUCUCUGCGUUUGUGUGAGGGCGUGGUUGUGCUCAAACCCAGGCGAUUGUGUGUGCAUUGUGUUUUCAGUGUGUAGAUUAGGUGCCUCUGCGUUCUCUUUUGGCUUAGGGCAAAUUUCUGUUUACUAUGUGCUCAUUAUUGUUCUGGGCCACAAGUCUCACUGGGGGAUUUUGCCUCCUUGUAAAUUAAUCCUCUGUUAUUACCAGUUUACAUCAGCAACUCCGUGAAAAUGAAAUCUGGCUGGUGAAUCCAACAGAGGAGGAGGCGGAGAACGACUGACAAAAAUAGUUUUCAAAAUGUUUCAGAAAAGAGAAAAUCUCAAAGUUGUAGCUGCUGGAGGAAUUUCCAGCACAUGACAUUAGGAAAUCUAAAUUGUCGUAUGAUUAGAUUUGAUAUAUUUGGUGCCAUUUUUAAUUCAUGAGCCACUUUGAGUGAGAUUAUCUGCACACCAGCAGCCAGGCAGGGACUCAUUGUGAACCUGUGCACAUUGUAAACCAGUUUUUCCUCGAGACUCUGAAUAGCUCACAGGUGCUAUUUGGGCUGUAUGGCAAAAACUGCCUGAGAAAUACAUGAAUGUCAGACCUGAGGAAAGUGCUCCAUUAUUCAAGCUGAAAUUGCAUUGCUCACCUUGAUGCCUUUCCCUCCGCGGUCCCAAGGUAGCUGCUGAGUUGUCGCUCCUGAUGGCCUCUUAAAUGCCUCACUGUCAGGCCCGGCGCCUUUAAUGAACACCACUGCGCCUGCUGCUGCCUUUCCACCGGUCACAGGCGUAUGGCUUUUCAAGGCCGGGGCCCCCUUUGUUUAUUUAUUGCUAGUAGGCUGUGUACACCCAACAGUCCCCUCGGUGUCCAGAUGUCAACAUGCAACAGGGGAGGAAGACACAAGAUUUGAUUGUGAUAUGAUGCUAUCUCACCAGUGUUGCAGGUGACUUUUCUUUUCUCAGAAUAGACAUUGUUAACAUCACCUCACACUGUUUGUUUACUCCAUCUCGUGUGGUUGUUUUUAUUAUUCUGGACAGGUAACAGGGCUUAUCUAAACAGCUGGUUUGGCGAGACCUUUCGGAAAGGCCUGCCUCUCCAUCUGUAAUCUUUUCUGAUUUUACAUGUCAGGUCCAUUCAUUUAUUAGCAGGCCGCUGUCCACCCGUGUUUCCUCCCUGGCAGCUAUAUUAGGCUGCUACAGGCUCGCCCUCCCAAGGUGAUGCAUUAUGCCUUCGACUCAGGAGGAGUGAGACUGCAGACCUGAGAAAACAAAAGGAGAGUUGUUUAAAAUUGUCGCCAGUGGAGUGCCUGAGGUAGGAAGGUUUCAUGGCGGUUGUGGCACAUCGCCUUCUCGCUGCCACAGAGAGCGUGACAGCACUGCGAAGCCCACUGGGAAUUCUGUACUGCACCAUACUGUAUUUUAGUGUGUCUCUAAUCCUCUUUUUUUUUGAAGCUCAAACAACAAGGGUGAAGGAAAAAUCUGCAUCUUAAUUAGCAGUGCUCGGUUUUGCCAAUCCACCAUGAGCAGCUCAUGUGCAGCAUGUUGUAUGUACAGUGCGGUGGGUAAACAGACACAAAUGCUCGCCUGUUCUUCUCUCCUCUCGGUCUCACGGCUGAGAUUGCCAAGUCGACUCCUCUGCUCUGUUGUACAAUUUAGAAUGUGAUUGAGCUUUCACAUCCACUUUCGCUCUCCCAGGAAGUCUACACCGCUGAUAGCCUGGACGAGCGUUCACAGCCACAGUGCUGAAGCGGAGAAGUGAACAGCAAACCGGAAAUACUCUGUUCAUCUGUCGUGUCAUUCGAGGCUGCAGAGCAGGAAUUGUGCUAUACUCUGAUGGAUUUUAGAAAUGAGUAAAUCUCUAUCCUGAAAAGUGGCUGUGUGAGUUUGCUCUCCUAUAUAUCUGCCAGCAAUUAAAAGGUUGCAUCGACUUUUUGCAAGUUUGGCCCAUUAGUCACCUUGCUCAAUAUGUGAGGAGAGAAGCUGCAUCUAAAUCAUCGCUGCAGGUCUCUGCCUUGUGCUCGGUAACACUUCAUAUGAAGUAACCUCAGCUGAUUCGCCUUUCUGAAUGUGAGAAAACGAAAACUUGUUAGUGCUUUAAAAGUUGGACUGAUUUCUAAUUCUAAUGACACGCAUCCAGACCCGCCAGGCUUUUUCAGGCAUUUCUUUCAGAUCGGCCAAAUAAACAUGAAAAAUCAGCAAAAAUAAUGAAGAUCUUUCAUCCUGUGAAACUCCAAGUGUUUAAACAGGAAAUUAGCAAAAAGCGAGCCAGACAGCUCAGUUUUAGAGGUGUAAUAAAUCUCAUUAGUGUGAGGACAUUCAUCCCUGAUAUUACGAAUCCAUCUGUUAAAGACAAAAGAAAUCAUUUGUCGACAUGCUGGUUAAUGAAGCCGUCGCAUAGCUAUGGUGGGCGGACUGACUGUGACCUAAUGCUGCAUCAUUUCAGCUCACACAGACAGUUUGUUACGUGACAUUUUGAGAAAAGGGCAUGUCAUAUGGACCCAUUUACAGCCUAUAGUAACAAACCAGGUACUUACAUUUUGGCACCAGAAGUGGCAUUUUCUCCAUUCAUCCAGACGAGUUAGUGAGCUUUGAACACUGAAUCACACAGUUUUUUAAACGUUGGUGCAUCAAAAUGUCUGGCUGCCAGAGUCGAUAUCCCGACUGUGGACACAAGGUCUGCAGGAUUCAGAUCACAACUUCUCCAGAGCAACUGGUGUUUUCUGUUAGUUUUCUCACUUCUUCAUUAGGAUCCAGGUCUCACACAGGAGACUUGUCUGCUUAUCUGUGGCUACAGAGGAUUUCUCAUAUGAAGACACAAAAUGAAAAGUCUCUGUCUAAAAAAGGCACUAUAAUAAACAAAAUCCAUGAUGCACACAGUUUGCAUUGACACACGGAUGUGCACAUGCAAAUUCGAGCUCAUCCUUGCACACAGCUGGAACAUUAGAUAUGAACAAGACAGAGGCUCAUGCACAUAGAGUAAGUGGUAACCCUUUCUUUUACGGUACACUUAUUACCAGGUAAUUAACAGGUAAUUACCUGGUAACAACAUGAAAUUAUCUGGUAAUUACAUGAUAACUACUAAGUCAAUACUGUCUAGUUUUUCUUUUUUUCUUUUUUCUGUGCAGAUCCAUUUUCAAAAGCUAUUUGGGGUGCUUAUUUUCUAUGAUUGACACUUGAUACAGCCUAUGGGCGUGCGAAGAUUACAUAGCGAUACGCUGUUUGAGCCGAGCAUUAUCACAGCGAAUCACCCGCCGAAUGCGUACAAUGCUACUGCGCAAGUGGUGGUUCCAGGAAGCGGAGAAAAUCCUGGAAAUACCAGAGCAAUUUGGCUUCAAAUUUGUAUGAUGAUAGAAGGUUACCUUCCUGGUAGCUAGACAGUAUUGACUUAGUAGUUAUUAUGUAAUUACCAGAUAGUUUCAUGUUGUUACUAGGUAAUUACCCGUUAAUUACUUGGUAAUAACUGUACCGUAAAAGAAAGGGUUACUGAGUAAAUCAACUGCAUGACUCAGGGAACAUUUAGGAUGCUACAGAUCAGCAUUGCAAAAACUAUACAAUUCAAGGUUGAACAUAAAAAGAGAGAGAAUCUCAAGCUGAGUAGUCCUUUUCUAUAAAUUAAACACAGAUUUGAAUAACUCCAAUCUGGCUGAUUUGGUAAAAUAGGAAAUAAUAGCAGUCCAGUGCUUGACAAGAUCAUAAGAUUUAUCCUGGUCAGGUUUAUUCAGAGUAAAGUCAAGCUGAGGGCAUCAUGGAUAGAUUUUGACUGUGAAAAAUGGCAAAUCCAGCAGAGCUCAUUAACCAAAUUGAAGAAUGUAGAAAAAGCCUUUCCUGUUCUUAAAUUGCUGUAAGUGUAGCAAAGUAGACCCAUGUCUUUGGUGUGUGGCAUUUCAGCAAAGUUUAACUUGCAUUGUUCUUUUAAAAACGUAUUCUCAGCAUGAAAAAGCUCAACGUGGCUCUUCCUAUCCAGAUUUCCCUUAUGCAAAAGGUUGUCAAAGUUGUGUUGAUUGACUCAGCAAGAGCGUGAAAUCUUCUCUAAUGUGUUCAUUUUGUUGGAUUCACUCGUCUGCGGUUGUGAUUUUUAAAUGUCCCCAUGUCAGAAAAACAGCUUAAUAUUUAAAAUAUGUUGGAAUUGUAUACAUUUUCAUGCUCUGAAGUGCUUUUAUUGAAUCCUUCCUACUGGAUGUGUAGUUACCCAGCACUCAUCCCCAUGAGCGUGAUGGAUGACAGCUGCCGCUUGGUUGCUGUGUCUCAUUUGCCCAGAAAAUGUACUUCACUUUGUCGACUGGUGGUGAUAAAGCCUGUCAAGACCCUUUUCCUGAUAUUGACAGUGACUACAGGACCGACCCACUGCUCUGAACAACCAGCUACAUCAUGAGAGAAGUGGAAGGUCCAGUCUGUGUUUAAUGUAGCCAGAGGAUGACUGUUGUUUUGAUUUUUUCACUCCCUCUCCCUGUUGUGAGCCCAGACCCGUCAUUUUGGAAACACAGCUUUCUUCUAACCGGUUGCACCAGGGGUCCCAGACUUCUUCAAAUCACCAGUGUGUCCUCUGGGCUUGUGUCUCUUGCUGAGAUAAUGUGGGGCUCAUUAGCUGUCUGCCAGGAACAAAUAAUAGCCUGGGUGAAAUGUUGCAGGGUUUAAUUACCAACAACGCUGUCAUACACUACAUAUUAAUAUCAAAACUCAUCCCUGCUGAGAACCAUUUUAAGACUGUCUGUCAGGUCUGAAGUUUGGAUGUAAAACUGUAUGGUCUUCAGUGUGAACAGCCCGUACCUCUAAAACAGCAUCAAGUGAGUCAAAAAUGUACAAUAUUACCAAAAAGAAUAGUGUAUUUGAUAUGUUUUUUCCCUACAGUGAACUCUUAUGUGGAUUUUGUUUGUAAAUAUAACAAAAUAUCAAAAUAAAUAUCAAGACACCACAUACAUAGUUUGUAAUUACUUUGAGGAGCAAAUAAUUUACACAUUUCAUGAAUAUUUUUAAAGAUUAUAUCUGUGUCAUGGAUCCAGUGAUGACUAGAAAUCCUCUUUUUUGCGGUUUCUAGCUCUAUAUGCGGCUUCAGUAUUCAUAUAUUAUUUUAGUCUUAAUGCAACCCUGACACAAACCUCUGGAGUUUAUUUGAUUACUUAUUAUUGAGUCAAACUAAUUUUCGUAAGUCUCUUUGUGAUCUCGUAGAUGUCAGCAGUUUGUACACAAGGGUGACACAUUCACACAAAAGCGACUUUUCAGUCCACUCUGCUCUUUUUCCCUUCUGGACUGUGUGUUAAAUUGGCUGCACAAGCUGUGAAAAUGAGGGAUUCAAGCAUUGAUUUUCCCUAAAAGUAUCUUUUAGAUCAUAAAAAUAUUGCAGAUGCAGCUUGUUGCUGGAUAACAGGUUAAAUAAUGUGGAUUUGACAUUAUACUUAAGGUUUGUAAAUACAAUGGCACACAGCUAAAUCACAUAGUGGCGUGCGAUGUGCUGAUAUCCGACACUUAAACUGGACACAAACAGGUUGUUGAUGUGAGACAUAAUAAUCAGGUGUAAGCACACAUUUAACAAUGGAGCCUUUAACAUAGCACCGAGAGAACACCUGCUUAUUUGCCUCACUUUCAAAAAACUAAAUGUUCCCUUUUAAAAAUUCCUGUCUCAACCAGCUGCAGAAACAUUAAAAAACAGUUUUUUUCUUUUAAUGUGCUUCAUUUGCAUGUCUGUCAUCAGCGGCUGACCAUUGAUUGCCUUCUCAUGGCAGCCAUUUUCCUCUGACAUAAACCAGAAGCUUGUGGUACAGACAAUCAGUGUACAGAGAAGCAUUUCAAGAAGAUCUUUAUGUGCCCAUCAUUAGGGCUGUCCCGAUACGAUAUUGAUAUCGGAUAUUAGCAUGUACUAAGGUACAGACAAAGUAGCAAGGAGUAGCAGUGAUGUCGGCCAUGUGGCAGUAUUUUGCGUAAGUCCGAAAAAGACAUUGCAGCUGAGAGCAAAACUUGUCAUGCACAAGUUUGUGCCAAUAUCGGAUUAAUAUCGGUAUCAGCCAAUACUGAAGGCUACAAUAUCGGUAUCGUAUCAGAAGUAAAAAAGUUGUAUCAGGACACCCCUACUCAUCAUAUUUGAACUGUUUUUUGCCAUAAUCUCAAAAUCUGCAUCACACCUCCACCUCACCUGCUGAAUAACUUUGCUGACUCAGCACAACACAUAGCAAGCAACUAGAAGAUCCCCCUCUGACAAUGAGGUCUCCUGUGUGGGAACUCCAUGGUUUCCCUGUGAAAUAUACAAACAGACAAAGCCAAGUGGAUAGGACAAAAGAAGUUUGCCGAUACUGCUCAGCAGCAGUUGGGUACGUUGCUAGCAACACAUCCAAUUUGUGAACACAUUUGAAGGCGUUACACCCAAUUUUCACCGCAUCCGGAACAGCCAUGAAAAUUGGGUGUAUCCAGUGAUAGUUGCUGAUCAUAACCAUGCAAGUUAAUGUGUCAAUUUCCUACGCCUUCUUUCCGUUCUGCUGCUGAUCGCUGGACUCCGCAGCUGAUCGCAAGAGUUCUAUUUUUUUCCAGAUGCCAGAACAUGCUGGGUAAAUUUAGCACAGAUUAACCCCAUGCUGGAAAGGAAGUCGGGCAGACACAAAACAAAACACCUGGCUUCUUUUCAAAAUAAUACACUCCGUGUUUCAGGCGGAUCAUACUUCACACCAUGCAAACAGGCGGGGACGAACAAGUGAAAGGUUUAUAGACAGCAUUUCAUCCCAAUGACAGCAUGGAUCAGAGGAUGCUCAUUUUAUAAGUCUUGAAGUAGAUUUCCUCCUCCACAAGGGCACUGCUUAUAUGGUUAGCCUAUGUGGCUAAAGACAACUUGUUAUCGCGCAACUGCACGUAAAUAUCCCGGGUUAAUAUUAACAUCCAUCCACAUGAAUGUAAAUAUUAAUGUCACAAGGAGGGAGGCGCUGUUGUUGAAGCGCAGCUGCUGAACAGCCUUCGCCUGGUUAUUCUAAGCGAGCUAAAGCCAAAACAAACACUUCUGGCAUUUUUAAUGCAGGGGAUCUACAACCAUAUUCAGCUGAUGAGAACACAGGAUUUAAAGUCACACUUGUUUUCACCUCUCAUUAUGUCAGUCUAGGGCACCAACCAAAAGCACCUUACAUUACACCUACACCUUACAUUAACAAGCAACUUUCAGGGACAUACUGAAUGCUACCCAGAGCAUGGCAUUAAGAAAAAAAUACCUGACUCAGUGGAAAAGGGGAAUUUAGUGGAUAAUGUAAAUAUGAUAUGGUGAAUAGCUGAACCAAACAGUGAGUAUUUUAAGACCUUGAUGCAGUUUUAUGCUGCAGAACAGAGACUCGGCCCAAUGGGGGGCAUAAUGUGCUGUGUGCUCCCCCAGCAGGUCUUCAAAGUCUUCCUUCAGUGAUAUUAAAAAGAAGAGGCGUCCAGCACUGACAUGCAACCCACACAGGGGCUAUGGCAACAAACCAAGAGCUCCUCAUCAGUACCCAUAUUCCCAGAGUGAUCCCUGAUGUCUCCGCAAAGGACCAUCACUCCAUCUUUUAUUGUGUCUUGUAGGCAGAUGCUGGAUGUUAACAGUGUUUGAGCAAUUAUGAGCCUGUAUGUCUCCCAGCAACUCUGUUAGGAUUUGUUCUACAGUCUACCUUGUUACAGGCAAAGCUGGCUCGUGCUAUACGUAAUAAGGCUCAGAUGAAGUAGAGGUGGAGGUUGGUGCUAUGGGAAAAUAACCCAUGAUGCGAUAAAAGAAGAGAGGUGUUCGUAGUCUCGUUGUAGAGAUUCCAACUUUGAUCAUCCCGACCGGUCCACAGGUACCUGCUGAAGCUGCAGCACAGUAUCUUGGCAUUAACACAGCAAGCUGAAUGUUGAAUGCCUUUUAUUGCUUUCCAUACACAAUUUUUUCAUGCACAAGUUGGCACACAGAUAAAUGCACCACACGCACUACUGAUAAAUAACGAGGCAACUAUCUAUUGUCAUCUGUUGGUAAACUGCCAGUGAAUUUAAAUGUGUCACGUCCCCAAUAUAGAGUGAACUCGUGCAAGAGUAAAGCAUUUUUGCCCUUCUGAACCACCAGAAGUUCAGCCUUUAUUGACUUUUAACAAAAUGUUCCUUUUUUUCCCCCUUUGUGGCUUGAAAACUUUCCGCUUGCUGUUAAUGCUGUUCAUCUGGCCAAAUUAUUGCCUUGUGUCUAAAUGAUCCAAAUUGCAGCCUUACAGCUCUCACAAGCUGUUUCUUAAAUGCCACUUAGCUGCUGGAGCCUGGAGUGUGCUCUUGUUGAUUUAUUAGGAGGUAGAAUGGCUGAAAACCAGCAGAGCGACAAGGAGACGUAUCCACUGCAGAGGUCACCCACCUCCAACAGUCUGCCUCUGUAGUUUUGAGAGUAGCAUUCUCUGUCUGUUGAGGUCUGUUUCAGAUUUAAAGAUAUGCAUCCGAAUACACUGCGGUCCCCAGAGGAUACCUUUGAUGAAUAUUUCAUAAACCACGUCUGCCUUUUUAUUAUAGGAGACUGGUCAUAUUCACAUGAUGUGUUCACCUCAACAAUAAGCAACAGGAUCUAUUCAGCGCUCAUGACAAGGUGCAGAUUGUUCUUCUGCUCGGCGCAGUGGAUAGCUGUGGCAUGCAGGGAGAUGUACAAAGGGGAGAUGCGAUGGAACAAUACAGUACCAGGGAGGAGAGAGAAAUAGCAGGACACAGUCACAGCCUGUGCUUUUGUGUCGUUUGACUUCAUUUCUAUUUUCACCACUUUGUGCUGGUUGUUGAUGCCUUAGAAGCUAAAUCUAUCUCAUGUUGGCUUGUGGAUUUUGGGCAAUGUAACAUCAUUUAUCAUGUCCCAAAAAGGUGGUUUAACUUUGUCUUUAAAAGGACUUGUAAAGUCUCUCUGUUCCUUCUGCAGUUGGCAGGUGAAGAUAAAAAAAAAAAGUCUUCCUCUGGCCAUAUUGGAGCUCCUUUUUCUCCAUGUUAUUGAGGUGAAGAAAAAAGCAACUACUCCCUCUUUCUAGUUUAUCUGGGGUUUGGCGAGGACUUUAGAAAAAUAGUGUUGAAAGCAGAUCAAACAUUGGUUAAAUGUAAGUUAGCAACAUUUCAUUUAAAGCCUUGGUAGGGUAGGCGUCACAUUUGCUCGAACACACAACUUUGUGUACAAGAAGAGACAAACAGUUUGACAUAUUUAUAGAACUAAGAUAGUAUGUUGUUUUUUUUAUUUUUGUAAAAGUUAUAACUGCAGAAACAGAUAAAAAGGAAAGGAAAAUAUGUUCUUUAAAGCAGAAAGUCCAGGGAAACAUCAAAUUCCCCAAGCUGUUGUACAAAGAAAAUACAAGCCUUUGUUGUUUUCACUUUGAUUUUUAUUGAGAUCAUAGAGACAAACAACACAUCCAACAACAAUAUGUCCCAGUCCCUGAGUUUGUUUCACAAUAGUGUGUUGACCAAAAGUACUGAAUAGCUCCCAAAGUUCCCCCGGCCCUCCUCCCUCCUGAACGCAGCUCUAUUAUGGGCACAGUAGCACGUAUCAAGGUGAUUUAUAGCCAGAGAGAGCUCAAGUUGUUUAAAAUGACUGGUGUGAUUAGUCAUAUAUGCUUGAGAGCUGGUAAAGGGGUGCACAGUGCUCCUGUAAAUUAACAGCAGCUGCAGACUGGAGUCGACCACAGCAAGGUGGUCAAACGUGGUAAGCGGCUGCGUCGCUGCGGGACGAGAAGAGAAAGUGGGUCAUUACACUCCUCUCAGGUAUGAGUAGGAUGACAGAGGAGAGAGGUAGGCUAUGUUCAAGAUCCAGAGUCUCCGCUGUGAAUUGAUUUCAGCAAUGAAAAUAAAGCAGAAGAAGUAUGAGAGUCUGUAAGCUCUGCCAAAUUCCACACUGAACAAAUGUGCUCCAUAUAUUCCACCAGCUCUCAGAUAUCUCCACGCUCCAUUAUCCCUGACAAAAAGGUGCUCCUGGAAGAUACUUUUAUUUUUGUUUUUUAAAAAAAAGUGUUAUUUCCUCUCCUCACUUUUUAGCCUACGUGCCCUACGGAAAACAUUUUUUUAACCUCAAGUUGACUUUACAUUGAUUGUGGAGAGUACAAAGCAAUGGUUUGUAGUUUUAUUCUUCCUGUUUAAAGAAACAGCUCCCUACAUUUUAAGAAAUGUGCUACUUUGAAUGUAGAGAUGUGAUGAGAUCUCAUACCAUGAAAUAGAGUUGGGCGGUAUAUGACGAUAUAUACCUUGCGACGGUAUAAAAGUGUCUACCAGUAGAAAUUUUGCUAUACCGUUUAUACCGGAGAGAUAGAGUAGAUUUCUGCUGCAUCUGUCGGAGUCAGUGUGUAGUUGUCUGCGCUUGCUAACAGGAAAGCCGGAGUGCGUCCUUUCCGAAUAUUUACCAGCGUGUCAUGUAGAGUUUGUUCGCUCUUUUUGAUAGGUCAGGUUCGGGUACGCUCCCUAUAAUCACUAGCGUGUCCAGUAGACUGCUUGGCAUAGUUUCAACAAAGAAGAAACAGCUUCAAUGGUGGUGGUCAUGGCAUUAGUGGCAGUACUGAGCAAACGGAGGCAGCCCGACCCACCCAACAUGAGGAAGAGGAGGAGGAACUUGUUCCGAAAAAGGGCGCGAGUCGCAACAUCGGUUGUCUGAAGAUUCUUCGGAAUAAGAAAAUCCGACAAUAAUCAAAAAACCAAUACUAUGCAAAGAGAAGGGGGAAACACCAGCAACCUCUUCCACCAUCUAAAGAUGAAACACGCCAAGCUCUAUUAUGAGAGCCAAAAGAUGCGUGACGCACCCGCUGCACCAAAAACUAAAGUUGCAGCAGUUCCUGGCAUUUUGUUUGCAAUUGUAUAAAAAUCUAAUUUAAAAAUAAAAGGAAAAUGAACAAAUGCGACAUUAAGUCAUUAAUGAAUUUACAGGGGGAAAUAACAUACUGGGAUAUAUAACGUUACCCUGAUAUGAAAUUACUCAUACAGUGAAAUAAGACUUUGUUCAUACCGUCCAACACUACCAUAAGAUCUCAUCACAUAUUACAGCAUUACAAGAAAUCUCAUCAUGCUGUCUCACAGGAUAAGGUCAGUUUUUUUCUUUUAGGGCAGCCUCUGGCGACUUCGUCAUUUUAACUGCAAUUACAGCAUUACACCAACAUAUUGGCACGCUUCAUCAAAGCCAGUCCACUGCAGCACCAAAAGGGGCUGCUGAACCUGCUGCAGACGAUGUGUCCUGCACCAUCUCCUAAAUUUUUCAUGCCUGUAGUUAUCUGAUCAUUUAGAAACAAUCAGCAGGAUGCUAAAACAGCACAACCCACGUUUUAAAUGUUCAGCUAUCAUAACAGGUGACAUGUGGAUGAGGCUUCACGAUCCAAAAAACUGAGAGUAUUACAGCAGUAUGAGCAGCCUUAUAUUCAACAUUUUAUGCUGACCUCAAUCAUUGCAUCAGAUGGAGGAAUGAAACCAAAGACCUCCCUCUAUAUCUUCCUCCCUCUUUCUAUUUAUCUGACCAGCUGCAGAUCAGACCUAUUAGACGUGACUGCACAACAAACAGUGAGGGAGAUCAUUCGCUUGCUCAGCAGGCACAGGUGCUAAACAAGUGAAUGCUGAUUACAGAAGAGGAUCAAAAAUGAGUAAGGAUGGUCUGUUUAAAAGUACAGUUUUAAGUAUGAAGGGACAAGUAUGAGAUGGUUCACUUUGCAAGAAGAUUUGAGGCACUAUUAGUAAUAUCGUAUGUCAGUAUAUGUCUUAAUAUGUUUAUUCUAACCCUUUAUUUUAGCACAUUUAGACGGUAAGACGUAUUUCUUGGAAAUGUUUGCACAAAGUAUUAUGUCCCUCAUCUUAGUCUGCUAAGAAACUUAAAUGGAAGAGUUCAUACGUCUCAUAUUUGGUUUUCCCCAGACUGAUAGCCAUCCGACACCUUUCUGAUGCUGAUCAGAUUAGAAGAAGGUUCAAACCCAUUAUCUUCAGAAGCUCAAGCGUUUUCCACACCACCAUGCGCAUGUAAACAACCUUUUUUUGAAGAGCUUGUCGAUAGACUUACAGUAAUGGUUUUCCUGUCUGCUGCACAUUAAAAGAAAACUCACCUUCAGAUACUUUGAAGCUGUUAAGAAUCAUCUAUUUAUGACGUUUAAUGCACUUCAGGGGUGUUUUUAUGAUGAAAUGUCGUAAUUCACUUUUUGCCAAAUGCACUUUCUCUUUACCAGCACUUGAAUUAUGUCCUGCAUUACCCAGUAGUCUGUUCAAGCAACAGAGAAACCUUUUCUUCUUCUGAGGGUAUGUCUGAUCAUUUAACACCAGUCCAAUAUGGUGAGACUUGAAAUAAGCUCUUGGCUCCAGUAAGACUGACUUCAAAAUCUGACCUCCUUCUCUGAUAUUUUAGUUGGUUUUACAUGUUUCUGCAAAAAUCCAGCUAAAUCUCAAAUCAGAAAGCAGCCUCGCCGUGUGUAUGUGUUUGAGUUAUUUGCUAGAAAUACACUAUCAAGCAGGAAAAUUGUCUCAGAAGGGAGGUACACAAGAGGUACAUUGCCAGUGGCUGUUUGUUUUAACAGUGUUAAUGUGUUUCAGAAAGAUGGCUCCAUUAAGUGUUUGCACUGUGACACGUUCUUGCAUUUUCUUUGACAGGCUAAUGACCUUAGCAUUUUCUUUAACUGGCCUUUGGCAUUGGCAUCUGUAAAACAUUUCAACAUCAACUUGAUGCUUAAAGUAAUUGCUUGGGUGAAGUUCCAAAAGCAUUCUAACCUAAUGCCAACCUAGUUUUAGCCUUUUAUUUAACGCUACAUACUCAGAUUGUGAUUUUUGUGUGGCUUCCAAACACAUAUUAAGAUAAAACAAACAUACAAGGGUUCAAGCUCAAACUUGCAACGUAUUUAAUUUCAGCAAAGCCAAAAUAAGAAGUCAUUAUUUUUCAUGUCAGUCUGGUGAGAAGAGAAUAUCUAAGAUACAGUAGUUUGUGAGUUGAGCAUCUUAUGUGUGUUUGGGUGCUAUUGAUAGGGCUUCCUGGAGAUGAAAAGACAGGAUACUCAGCCACAGUGAAUAAAUGGCUUGCAUGCAGCUAUUUACCUCCACAUAUAACAAACCCACAGAAAAGACUGGGACUAAUUACAAUGCAGAAAUGUUUCAGUGCCUUACAAAUGUUUAUAUUUAGAGCCAGGGUCUGAUUUAGCAUCCUUUCAUUACACACUGACUGGCUACACAGCUUCCAGACAAAACUACAGUACAUGCUUUGGCUUUAUUGGAAGGGUCCUCUAAAUGUGGGUCCAAGAAAGCUUGCUGUGGUUGUUUAUCUGAAUGUUAAGCAUAUUUCAGAGGGUAAAAAUAAAAUUGGAUGCAGAAAAACAUGAAAUAAGCUCUUCUUUUGGUCUUGUGUGUGGUUUUUGUUAAUUUGGAAAACACUGAUUGGAGGGUUUGUUUUUAGCUGGUGCGUCACUGGCAACUGGUGUAAUUUGGACUUUCUAUUAAUGAAAAUACUUUACUGACAUAGAAAUGUACAGGAUAUAUAGAGAUAAAGUUGACUGACCUUAGGUAGGGUUAGCCCCAAUUUCCACCGCAUCUGGAAUGGCUACGAUGAGGCUAUAUCCGCUGAUCAUAACAAUGCAAGUUAAUGUGUCAAUUUCCACUGCAGCUGAUAUAUUUUUUCCGGACGCCGGAGCAUGCUGAAUAAAUUCCGCACAGAUUAACCUGUGCUGGAAAGGAAGUCGGGCACAGACUGAAAAUAAAACAUCCGACCUCUUUUCAAAAUAAAACACUCCGUGUUUCAGGUGGAUCAUUUUUCACACCAAGCAAACAGGCGGGGAUGAACAAGUGAAAGGUUUUUAGACAACAUUUCAACACGAUGACACCAUGGAUGAGGGGAUGCUGAUUUUAGAGGUCUAGAAGUAGAUUUCCUCCUCUGGAAGGACACAGUCUACUGCUUAUAUUGUUAGUCUUUGUGGCUAGAGACAACUUGUUAUCACACGAUUGGACAUGAGCGGGUUCUUGUGAGUUGUUGCGAUUACCACUGUCCGUAAUCCACGCCUUCUCUCCUCCCUCCCUAUGACUUGAUAGAUAGAUAGAUAGAUAGAUAGAUAGAUAGAUAGAUAGAUAGAUAGAUAGAUAGAUAGAUAGAUAGAUAGAUAGAUAGAUGCCUUUCCCACAGCUGCUCAAAGAGAUUUACAGUACAUUUGACCCCAUGAGGCUCUAGCCAAUCACAACCAUUUCUCUAAUAUGUUGACAAUGGAGGAGCAGCACUGUGGCAUACUUAUAAACUAGCAAGAAUGCUGACCCUCAUGUAGAAUCAUUAUCCAUCUACCUUUGUGUCAUAACAAACAGCAGACUGUAGUUUAUAUUAAGGACAAGUGGUGGAUGUUAACUACAAUGUGUCAAACUAAAUGUCUUUUUGUGAGGUCGAAAGGAGACGAGCCCCCUAAAGCUGAUUCUAGAAGUAGCUGCUAGACCUCGGAGCCAAGAGUUAUGUCAGGGGUUUAGUUUCUCUGAGCACAAAGCUUUGACAUGUUUUUAUAAAGGUAAUGAAAGAUCAGUACUUUGGUUGAGCAGAGGACAGACGGAAGUUGAUUUUUUUUUUUUUCACCAAGUGCUAAAUCAGUAUCUUUCUACUGAAUAUCACUAUCUUCAGUUUUGGCCAGUUAACCUAAAAUUUGUUUUUAUCGUGAGAUAGGGAUCUGUUAAAGUCAUAAAGGGAAAUAAACAUUUUUAGUUCUUUUAGUGUUGAACUGAAAAUGUGCGAUUUAAUUUGUAAGAUUAAAUUAGCUUUAGCUCCAGUUUACACAUCUUUUUAUUUGGGAAAUCUUUUACUGUAAGUGUUGUGUUUUACAGUCUUUGCCUCUUUUUAUAUGCUCCUGUUUUAUUUUGCCAUUUUAAAUGUAGAUGUAUGUAUAUGUAUAUAGUCUGGUGGACUCCUCCUUUAACAGGGGGAGUAGGGGCUCAUACUGUAUUUCUACUGUUUGCAACAUGUUGCACAGUGCUUUAUUCUCGAGCUGUCGGGCUAUCUUUAGUGAGAUUGAUGUCAUGCGCUGCCAACGGGCUCAUUUUACCCUGUACCAACUAAGUUGAUGACGCAUUAGUGAGUGACCAGUAUUUUCUAAAUUAAAUUUUCCAAGCUGGCGCCUGUUCAGAAGCAGCUGCCUGUAUUCAGCAGGCAUCACCAAACAGCCGCCUGCAUGAGUCUGGUAGCCUGGGAGCAUUCCUACUUCAUUUAUCCGAAUUCUCCAGGCCUUGGGAGUUGACAGGCUUGGUAAUCAGUGUCCACAAGCAUAAUCCCCAUGGUCUCAAGGCACCACACAAUCAGAUCUCUCUGCACUCCCUCUCUCUCGGUUCCUCUUUUCUUUCCAUUUUUCUCAGAUUUUAAGUUAAAAAUGUGUCAAAACCGCCUUGCUGGAGAAAACAGAGUAUGCAUACCACAUAGUGUUUGACAGCUAAUGUAGAGAGCAUGUGUUCACAUGUGCGAGGACCAUCUGUACUACUUUUUCCAGGAAGAAAACCUAUACCAGCUGUAAUUAUUUCCCUGAAGAACCCUUAUAGGUAAUAUCGCUAUCAGAACCUGCUUCAGCUCUUCUCCAGGCUUUAUGUGUUUUGUUUCAGGGGUUCUCUGUUACGUGCCUGUGAUUUUGUCGUGUUUUUGUUGAACUGUGUGGAUCCACAGUGUGGAUUUUAUUGUUAUCAUUCUAGGAGAGGAUUAAUUAUUCUGAUAGAAACUGUUUUAAUUUGUAAAGGUUACACCUCUGCUGUGGCAGUUCACAGUGUGUCUGACAGAUGUUCGAUUUUUUUACUUCCGGGAAUAAAAGAAACUGCUGUUUCUCUUUAAAAACAACAAAACCAACCAGAGAACAGACUACUUGGUAUUGGUUAGUAGACAUCUAUUUGGCUGCUCAUGUGACCAGACUCAAGUUUUAAAAAAUAAGUCUGGUGAAGGCUGUGUGAAGACAGGAGCCAACAGAACAGACAAGAGGAAACAGGGAGAGAAAGAGAGCUUCCUCUGUUUUAGUGGCAACGAAGCUGUGAUCAACUGCUUCUCCAGGCCCAGCUGCUUCCAUUUUAAAGCAGAUGACUUCGUUUUUUUUUUUUACCCGAGAGACUAGCCUUAUCGUUUAUUCUGAGAUAUUUGGCUCAUUUAUUAAACACCUGAUGUGUAUUUGAGAUAGACUUGGCAAAAUAAAAAAAAAUCAAUACAUUAAUCUCAAAUAAAGAUAUAUGCACAAAAAAAGCCCAUUUGUUUCCUCAUGUACUUUAUCAGGGGGCUGGUUAAGGCAGGCUAAGCGAAUUAGUGUAGACAGCCUGGUUUUACUCUAAAAAAUUUGAGACACCAGUGCAGAAAACAGCAGUAUGAACAGUAAUAAAACAAACAUUAUAAGCCUCCGUACUCUGACAUCACAACUUUAUAAAACAGAGACAAUUUAGAGACAUCAAAUCCUGUCCCUGUGACUCAUCCUCCAGACAGCACGACUAUGGGCAGUUUCCCCAUUACUGCGCCCAGUCGCCCAAAAGACACUCACAGAAAUGUCAGCUUAGUGUAAACAUAGUUUUUAGUCUGCGAGUCUCUGUUAUAAGACUCAGCAUGGAAAAAUGUAUGUAAGGUAAGGUCAGGGUGUUUGGUCCUUUCUUUUGAAAGGGGGCGCUGACUUAUGCAAGACUACCACACACAUGCACACAAAUUAAUACGAUUUAUUCACCCUAUCUAUUUCAACUAAUCACAUCUACUUGAUAUGCUAACACUGAGGUAUUGGAUAAAUGUUAAUUUCUGUGCAUAUAAACUAGAUAUUAGUAUAUUAGUUUAAAAAGUAAUACACCAGAAAGGCAAGUGUGAAAUGGCCAAUUUAAUAUAACCCUAACCCUAACGUUGCAUUCGAGUUACCUCGGAAGUCAGAUGUCAGAGUUGGAAAUAAUGACACACCCGAGUUACCAGCGUUUUAGUUACCAAGUCGGAAAAAAGCUAAAUCAGUGGCGGAAAUAUCUAUGAAAGGUAAUGCUAAAAUUACUCUAAAAAACGAAAAUAACAAGCACUAAAAUUACUUCGGAGAUGUAGCCAUCUUGUUUCCGUCUCCGAUUUUGCUUUUUUCCAACUUGGUAACUGAAACACUGAUAAUUCAGGUGACACGUAAUUUCCAACUCUGACUUCUGACUUCAUAAGUAACUCGAACGCAGCAUAAGUACUCAAAUAGACAUAUGUCCAAUGAGAGGAUUUUGAGCACUUCAAAAAAAUGCACCAAUAUUUUAUCAGGUAUUUUUGGCAGAUACUGUAGGAGUUCACUUGCAUUUUUUUUUUACCUUUCUUAGUGAAGCCACAAGCCAAAGACUUAAUUUCACUGUCAGGCUAAAACAGGGUAGCCUCUGACUAAACCCCUGCUUUCAAGGAAUCAAGACCCAUGGCGAAUGCCAUAUAGCAUAAAUGAGACUGAUUAAAGCUGUGAAUGACCAAUAAAUAAAACUGCACUAUUUGCUCAAGAACAUGAACACCUCUUAACCCAAAGUGACACAAAGAUAAUCUGGCAAACAGACACAUUAAAAGAAAAGAAAAAAGGGUUUGGAUGCUGUUGAAAGUCUAUUAAAUUUCUACACACGUAGAAUGAUACCAAUGUGGUUUUUUCACACUAGACAUUCUGACUCACUAGUUUUCAUUAGUGGUGAAAAGCACAGGUGUAUUAACAGAACACUGACAAUGGCUCUGUGGUAUUCAGGUUUCCCAGUGAGCUAUAAAAGUUGACAGUGAGCCUGAAGCAGCUAAAUGGAGCGGGUAAAUGGACUCCAGCCAUCAUUAAUGGUAUUAUUACCACCAAAUCUUUUCCCUUUGUAACAUGUUAGGUUGUCUACGGAUUAAAAAAAAAAAGAUGACUAAUCCUGAAGAGACAGUGUAAGCCACAUGAAUUACAUCAGUUUUCAAACAUUGUUUUCAUGAAAAAAAUGGAUAGGAAUUAUUGUAUGGUCAGCAUUCCAAUCAUGUUAAGAGGAAAAAAUGUGUUUUCAGACCCCCAAACACAAUCAACUUAGUGAUCUACUUGAUUACGUCAGACUGAAUUUAAAGCCACAGGUCUUUAGGUGAUUCUAAAGCAGUCAGGACUUUAAAAGGACUAAAAGCAAAAGGACACAAUGUUCGCCAUUGUGACUGUCUAAGCUGCUGCCCACCUCAAUCUAUCACAGGGCUGCCUAUGGCUCCCAGGAGACCAGUGCACUGUGCAGCCCCCGCACCACCUCGUCCCCUACACCUCCCGCCACCCGCCUCUGCCGCCAUCACCACCCCGCCGUGAGUGACAGGCAUCCCGUUCUGCCUGACUGGAGCCUCUAUCUCCUAACCCUCAAGGACAACUAAGAGGACAUAUUGUCAUCAACUCAUCUCUCUCAUUCCCACGUAUAUGCACACGCUCUUUUCCUCCCCACACAAACACACACGCACGCACACACACACUGUAGCCUGCCAAGUGCGACCCACUCACCUGUAACAACAUCUACGUGACCUUUGCUUAAUGCCUUCGGGUACCACACCAGAACCCAUUCGCACAAACAACCUGCAGGUCUGACUGUGCCUGCCGCUUCUCAUUCACUCCUUCCACUGUGAGCCUGUGUUUGAAACCAUAGAAGUGGUGGGGGCUGUUAAGAACCACUUCAGAUAGAAGCCUUGAACAGAGGAAAUAAACAAGGCAUUGUCUGUGAAGACUUUUUGUACAGAUCGCCUCUCUUUCUCAAGCUCGCCUGGCUUUCUAGCUGUGGAGCUCUGAAUUCUUUAUCCCAUACUGUAUACCAGUCGGAAGCAUCUUGUGGUGUAAAAAAAGACCAGCUGCUCCAGAGGGAGCACUAUCGAGAGGAGUGGAAGCACUUUUUCAAAUAAAUAACAAGGUAUGGUGCGCUGCAAUAUUUCUUUGGCAUCAGUGUGCGUUUCGCCUCAAUGUGAGGUUGUUAGCCAUAUAACCUCCAAGUGAUCAGACGCAAAGCUCUGAUUCAAAAAAUAAAAAUAAUAUCUCGACAUCUCGGUCGUGUAGUUUUCAGUCUUAUGAACAAACCCCUCUCAUUCCAGCAAGUCGUUUUUGCACUUCAAGGUGCUGUCUGAAGUUGUUGUGCUGGCGAGACAACUGGAAAGUGGACCUUGACCCUAGAUUAGAGUUUGCUACUUCUGCCUUGGUACUAAAAUUUUAUAUUUUGAAAAGAAACUCAGAGCAUUGGAUCUUAGAAAUCAUUGAAGGAUUUUAGGGCGCUGUGCAGCUUUUUAAACACCUUCCAGAGCUAAAAGAAAAAAAAAAAACGGUUGCCUCUUAAAAACAUAGACUUUGUUGUACUAGACUUAAAAUUAUGCAAUAAAGUAACAUUGUCUGGUAUUCGCAGGUUGUGUUAUGAUCUAUACUUUUUAGUAAGUGCUGUCAGAAUGGCCAAUAAAGACUUAUCACUGUAUCAUCAACCAUUUUAGCAUCUCUCAGCUCAUUGCUCUGGUUUUCGAACAUCAGAUAGACAGGUCAUUGAGUCAAGGGUUUGCGACAAAUAAAGGGUUGUGGCACUAAAAUCAGUUGUCUCUCAGUUGAAAUGUCGUGAGUGAGAUCUCCACUACUGUGGAAGUGCCGAAGUGUCCUUGGGCAAGUCACCGCGCACUAGGUUUCUCCGAUGGCAUAGUUAGUGGUGUGUGAAAGGGUGUGAAUGGGAGUAGUUUACUCUGAUGGGCUAUUUACAUAGCAGCCUCUGCCAUCAGCGUAUGCUCUGAGUGGUCCGAGUGCUCAGUAAAGCGUUUCACAAGUACAGUCAAUUUAACAUUCACCGUUUACCAUUUAACAAGCAAAUUAGUCUAAUGUGAAAUAUCAGGGACUGUGGAAAUGACUGAACUCAAGUAGAGUAGCUGAGAGACCGUGUCUGUCAGGCAACAGAAACAAACCAUAGACUGUAUGGACAACUUGGUCCCGCCUUCCGCCAGUGUACGGAUUUGAAGCUGAAAAGCUCUCUGUACUUCCGCAUUUUUUUUCCAAUUGAAACCAACAUUUCACAGAAGCAUCGUAUGCACUUUCAGCCGGAGAGUCGCAGAGAGUCGCUGGGAUGACGCUCUGCUCAAACAGCGUAUCCCCCGGGUGUGCGACGCAAUCCCUGAACACCAAUAGGCUGUAUCAAGUGUCAAUCAUAGAAAACAUGAACCCCUAAAAACUUAUAAAAUUGAGCUGUACAGAAUAAAGAGGACUUAAGCACAAACCAGUCUUACAACAACUACAUGUUGACAUUGCAAGCAGGGGGGAGAAAAAUGUAUAUUCUGUGUAAAUAAAUUUCUAAAGUUUGUCCACAGCUCCAUAAGGAUGGCUGGCGGAGGCGGGAUUUAUGACCUAUACCGCAGCCCGUCACCAGAGUGUGCUGUUUUCAAGGUGGCUUCACCCAGCGAGGUGGUAGACGCUGUCCAUACUAUAUACAGUCUAUGAAACAAACUAAUACGCACCGAAAUUUCUACCCACCCACUAAGAACUCAGUUAAUUGAGGAUGUGUGUUUAAGAUGUAUGCAGGCACAUAUUAAGAAUAUAGAGCCUCCUACAGAACUUCAUUUCACCUCCUUUAAAAAGUAAACAUAGCUUCAGCUGAAGACAGUAAACUUUCUGGAACUUUUCUCAUUUCUUUCCUUUUUUUCUUGGCUUUUGCUCUUACAACCUUUUAAUAUCAUGCAUUAUCCCUGCAGCAUACAUUUGUUAAUAACUAAUGUUGUAAUGAAAGUUUUUCAUGAAGUACUCACUUGUUCCUGUCUGUUAAGAAUUUAAACACUUAUUGAAGUGAUAGGUGUAUGAGUCUCAGGCCUUUAAAAAUCUGCGUCAUCGUAUUUGAAUUAGUGAUGUAUGCGUCCUUUUUUUCUGUAUUGAGCACCUGUCCUCUAAAGUGAGCGGCCCUGACGCUGGUGUGUGUUUGAAUAAACUCUUUCCUGCCGCAGCCCUAAUGUCACAGCACACAGUGGUUUUUAGAGUUGCAGAUGUUUCCAAAGUCUUUGUGACAAAACUAUUCAUAAGAUAGCCUUUCAGAGUCCUUGCACAGAGUGCACCAUAAAUUGGAGGUUUUCCUCUGAGCUGGCCUUUUAUCUCCCUGCUCAGUGUCAUAUGGGGAGCUAAUUAACUUUCACGGGGUGUGUUUUUAAAGGUUUUGCAGCAAAGUGACAGUUACUGUAGAUUUGCUUUUUGGAAAUGGUACAAGAUAAGUAAAUUAUGAGACAGAAAGUCUUCUUCAAACCUCUUUUUGCAUUUUUUUCAGGCCUAGAUGAACAAGGAAAAUAAUGAGAUUCAGCACAAAAACAAAUUAAGGCAAUCAAUUGCAUUACAAUGAACCAAAAUAUUAUUUUGUUUCCCAAAUCCUCUCCUUGUUGAAGCAUAAAUCAGACUGCAAGUUUCCCAAUGUACUCAAGCAUCUUGAAGUAUCCAAAGCGGCAGUAUAGAGGCUAUUCAUUUCUAUUUUCAGCAUGCCAAUUAUGGUGCACAGCAGCAGCUUUGGAUAUUGAACCAGUUGAAGUCAAACUGUUGUAAUACAUUAUUAUCUAUUUCACUCUGGUGCGGUGGGGAGAUUCUCACGGCUGGAUUUUCAUCAAAAGUGAUAGCCUGCUGAAAAUGUAAUUCACUGUUUUAGUAUAAAUCAAUAAGCCUCCAGAUUCUAUUCCCCUCAUUCCACCUUUAUGUUAAUAUAAAAGAAAUGCUCAAAUAGAACUUUAAUUCACCACACAGACUUGCAGCCUGUUUAAUAGCCCCAGUUCUAUCCAUAACUGCGCAAUUGACACUUAAAUUUCAGGCCCAUCUUAAUUUGGCUUCUCCUGACGAUUUUAAGUUCUCCUUCUCUUUGGUGCCAAGGCUUCUGCCACCCAUGAUAAUAGAGAUUUAUAGCAUAGAGCUGCUCUCACAGUGAUCUUCUAUUAAGAAUUAUAUUCCAUUUGAACAUUAUUACUUUGUUCUCUUGACAGAAAAAAAAGAAAAGCCAUACUGUAUAUGCUGCAGUGUAUUUAAACGUUUUUUGUCCGAGCAAGCCGACAGAAACCCCAGGACAGCAUGUCGGUGAGAUUCUGAACAUGUUAAAGAGUGGCGAGUGAAAGCUAAUUUUGUGUUAGAGGACAUUCACAUGUUUCUGAUGAGGGGUGUAAAUCCUGAUGGACUCGCAUCCGACUGUAUUCAUUAAUCAUGCGUCUCAUUGGCGAGGCUCUGAUUUGCUGCUGAGACAGAUGAAGAUGAACUCAGCAAUAUAUUUCUCAUCAUAACACAACCCUCACAUAAAUAUUAAUAGCAUCUUUUCAGCUGGUGGGCAUGAAUCAUUUUUCAGACGGGGAAUUUUAAGAGCUACCCAUGCGUGUCCAAGAACACUACACAAGCAAGCAGUUGUGAUAAACAACACUGCUUUAAGGCAACAGCGAGGGGUGGGGGCUGAAACUGUGUGGCAGAUUAAAAGGCCUUUAUUUUGGGCAUUUUCUAACAUACAGUUUAUGAUUGAACUUUACACACUGUCAACAAAAAUACUGUCAAUGUUUUUAUCUGUUAUCAUCAGAAGUUGGUUCGAGACAGACUAUUUGUGAGACACUCCGCCAGUGAGCGGUAGCUGAGAUGUUGUUGUAACUGCCUAAUAAAAGUUGUGCUUUAAGGCUGAUCACAACGUUUGUGUUAUUGUUCCAAUAAAAAUAUAAAAUCAUGUAAAGACCCACCUAAUUCUGGCUCUGAUUCAUUGAUAUUUUUACAUGAAGAUGAUGGCCUCUGCUAUUAACAAUUCACUAUCUAAUGAAAACAGAUGAGUUCGCCAAAUCCUUAAAGCCCCCGUGAAGAGUUUUUCCUGCUUCUGGAAAAGACUGAAAUUUAAAAGAUGAUUUACAAUAGCAAAUGGGACCAUCAACAACAAGACUUACAGUUUAUGGUCUUUUUUAUUCCUAAAAAGGCAAGAGGAUACGUAUCAGACCAGAUGACUGACAGCAUGUUUAAGAAAAAAAACCUUUUCAAAACUUUUCUACUGUAAAUAUUCACAUAAAGCCAUUUAUUUAAUUGUUGAAGAAAUCCGGAUCAGAUUUAAGUCAGGAGAUGAAACUUGCUCAUGAGCAGGAUAAGAGAUAUGAUACAGUAUGCACAAACUUAAAAUUUCUCACAGGAGGUUAACCCUAACCCUAACCCUGACCCUAACCUUAAGUUUAAUUUUUUUUUUAAUUAUCAACAAAAGAAACGAGAAAAGACAGAGCAAGUGUGACAGCUUAAAGUAUUUUUAGGACAUUUAUGUAAACGUUCAUUUGAUUCAGUAUAAUUUGACUCUUUUUAGUCUUUACUGCAUACUAGAAAUCUCAAUGAAAAACAGGACAUUACAAAGUCCAAAAUUUACAAAAGCACACUAAAACUUUUAAGGUGAUGCAAAACAAAUACGGCGAGGAAAGUUUAUUUGUAUAGCACCAUUCAUACAGAAGGCAAUUCAAAGUGCUUUACAGAUGCAAGGAAAUAAAGGCCAAGGCAGUCUCAUUCUCUGAGACAUUAAGUUUGAGUAGAGUAUUGAAAUAGUUGUUUUGCUAUUGACUAGAGUUUAAAGUGUUUUAUUUUUUGAGCCACGAGUUACCACAACAAGGCUAACAGCUGUCCCUGCCCACUACCAAACAGCAGACAGAUGAGGGUCUCUGUAUAUCUCUCAGGUAAAGAGAGGAUAUUGCAUUCACACCAGCUGUGUUUAGUCCAGUUGAACUGAACCCUGGAGCCUUUACCUCCUUGGUGCGAUUCGUUUUGGUUGGUGUGAACGCUGGCCUCGAACUUUGGUACGGACCAGUCAACCGCUCUCAUGUCCGCCUGGUAGGGGUGGUCUCAGACCGCUAUCAAGUGAACUCUAAAGCCGUUUACUUCUGAUGUGAACCCUACGCGCACCAAUCACAGGAAACAUGCCUUGAAAAAACAUCGAGGUAGGCUCUCUUCUGUGAUAUGACCGUCCGAUUUCAGAGCGUCUCCUGCGAUGUGUGUGUAUUAAUACAUUAUUCAAUUGCCCUGGUCUUCCAAGCCGUUCAUAUGCACAGUCCAUUAAAGUCUGCUGAUAUGCAGUCCAGAUCAGCACCAACACAAAAAUGAGCAGACGAUGCUCCAUGAUGUACUGUAAAAAUUGCGAAGGAUUUGUCGCCCAAACUGUAUAAGCAGUCACCGAACAGCUUUUGCUGCCACGUGACGAUUUUUGGACCGUUUGAGUUUGGCCUUUGUGAACGCGAACCCGACCAGUUGAGAAAUUGCAAAAAUGUUUCAUCAAUGUAGCAUCCUCGCUUUGGUUUGUAUUAGAAAACGGACCUUUUGGUGUGAACACGACCUUAGAUGUAGCGUACUUCUUCAAAUGAUUGAAGCAACAGUUCACACGAGUUGCACUGUCUAGUUGGAAUCAGUUGUUGAGGUUUUUCCACAUAAAAAAGUUAGGUUGAAGACGGUUUAUCAAAGUUGUGAAGUUGUGUGUCUCUUUGUCCGCACUUCUUAUUAUCAACAAUACCCAACCUGACAGCUGUCUUUGCUUCUGACAUUCAGUAACUAUCAGCGACAAGAAGUCAUCAUCUCUGCCAACCCCGAAGUGUAAAUAACUAUAAUAGAGUCAUAUACUGUUGUAUCAUUUGGAUAGGACAGUCUCCUUAAUUGUCAACUAUUAUCUUACAAGCUGCCAGAGGAAUCCUGAUAAAUUAAUUGUCCAGCACUGCUCGAGAAUGCAGUAAAAAUCACACAAACAAAGCAAGUAUUUCCAACUCCUGUGAGCAGUUGUCUUUUUCCUUUCUUACACCAGCCUUGUAAUCAGACUGAAUUGCUAUUUAUUUUCAGACUGUCUGACUGUCUCAGUCUGACAUUUUGUUUUUGUCAGCUUUUCUGUGAUUGAUUUCAAUCUGAGGCAAGAAGCACAUUUCUUCUGUAAUGGUCAUUUUCAGUCAUGUCGAUUGGAAAAAAAUGUAGGUGUGACAGGAUUUUUUUUUUCUGUCCGUUGACCUGUAAUAAGAAGUGCAGAUAUGUCAACAUCAUGAGGACUUGUUGCUGUUUUUGUGGAACUUUUCUGCACACAAGAUCCCUGACCUCUUAUUGGCCCAUCUGGUUUUCUAUCUUAGGACACAGCUGUCAGCUCCACACUUAUUGAAAAGCACACACAUCUGAAAAGUGUGCAAUAAUUAAGGGGUCAGAACAGGCUGUUCCUCUAAAAGCAUUACUCUGUAACACACUUGUGUUGUUUAAGGACUAAAUGUGACAGCCAAUGAUGAAUAAACUUAUGUUUUGUUGAUCUAUUUGUCGCAGUGUCUCAAGGUUAUGUAUGUCCUUUUAGGUGUAUGACCAUCAAUACAAAGCCGUGCUGGAUGGCGUGGAGACGGACAGCAUGAUGGAGAUUGACCCAGGUCAGCGCAUUGAGAUAUUCAGAAUGGGAAAUGGGACCCAGGAGGUUGUGGAGGUUCAUGACUUCAAAAAUGUAAGCAAAGAUUAAACAAGGCCAUGAAGGUUGUUCUCCUAUUCACUCUUGUGCUUGUGUCUCCUUUUCAGCUCGGGAUGAGAUGAUGAUGUUGACAUCCUACCCUUUUCAAAGACAACAUUUAUCUUCAUUUCUUCCUUAACGAUAUUUUGUCCCCUUUAACAAAAGUGGUGACAAAGCUUUGAGGCACCUGAGAAAGAAAAUCAUGGGUAGAAUACUCAUCUAGGUGUACGCACGGAUUUUGUGUUGGGGAACACUGCAGCCAAGAAAGAAAGAUUGGUCUCUUUCAAAGAGACUGUUUUUCUCCUGCUAAUAAUAUACAGUAACUUCUUCAGAGUGCCGAGGCAAACACUAUUAAGAAUCCAUCUCUAUUUGUUCCUCAAACCUUUUUUCAGCUGCAAUUUUGUCUCCAGUAGAACUCAUUAACUUACCUUUCAUUCCUAAAUGCUGCUGGAGUGUGCAGGAGGUUACACACAUGCUACACCUUAGAGACAGAAGCGUGCUGCUUGACUGGGUAAUGAAUGCUCUUAUUUUGGCUCCAUUAUUCGCUGUGAAAUGUCGGGAUGCAAGGCUGGAAGUUACAGGGUACACCUCAUCCUGGAAAAAAAAAAAAAAAAACAUACCUAUGUUGAGUUGUUUUUGUUUUUGUUCCAGCAGUCUUUGUGAAUUUAGAAUGGCGGUAUGAUGGAAACUAAGUAAAGCGCAGGAAAACUUUAACCUGUGCAAUCAAUCCCUUUUUUCUUGCUCUUUCUUUCUUUCUCAAAGCCCAGAGUGUGUGUGUGUGUGUGUGUGUGUGUGUGUGUGUGUGUGUGUGUGUGUGUGUGUGUGUGUGUGUGUGUGUGUGCCCCACAUACACACACACACACACACACGUAUAAACACACGCGCCUGUUGCUUGUUCCGCUUCCUGUUAGUGAAGCACAUCCCCGGAGGAGAUUUGUUUGAUUCAGUGCUCCACCAUGGAAGACUAAGAAACAAGCGAGUGAGCAGAGUAAUUCAAACCUUAUUGUGAGAAGGAAAAAAAGGGGGAAGGAAACCCACACAGAACUUACAAUAGGGUAUACUAAGUGGUAGCUUAUGUGCUGAUGUAAGAAUAGAUUUUUUGAAUACAAAAAAGGGGCUGUUGCAUGUUAUUUCACAGCUACCUUUAAAAAGAGACUCCAUCAAGCUGCAGGGCUGCGUGAGAAUGGAAAAUGAGGGGAUUAUGCCACCAGGACUGAGCAGACCACAGGCAAAAUGCAUUCACUAUUGUUUCAGUCCAAUACUAAACUCAUUUUAACCAGAGAGAAAUGGACAGAGAUAUCCCCAGAGAGAGUCACCGUAUAUGACAAACUGCUUAUAAAUAUUCUUGACAGGGGAACAAAAGCACAUUUUGGGAAAUUGGUUCUAAAUUGUUCUGAAAUAUACACCAUCAUUAUAAACACCUGGGCAAUCUAACGCAGCCCAAUACCACAGCUCUGCAAUUCUACCUUUUUCAAAAUGUCUACAUUUGUAGCUUUAGUCGACACGGUCAGACAGGUGGUGAUUUUUCCUCAUAUUAGUUGUUGAAGUUGUUCUAACACAUUCUAGUUUGUGAACACCACCCACCACUUCUUCAAUGGUUAAUAAAAAGUACAAUAAUUACCUGUCAAAUCAUGUCAACACAAUCUGAAUAGAAGCUUCCAGAAAGCAUAAUCUGCUGUAUUGGAUUUCAUUAGAUUGUCAAGUUGUUCAUAAAGUUAUGGAGGUCAGUUUAAGCUCAUUAAUUGUACAUUUAAGCUGUUUAUCAAAGGAUCUAAAGGAACAAAUGAGUUACAAUGUAAUAUGAAAACAAUGACUUAUUACUCUUAUUGUUGAACUGUGUAUUUCUGUACAGUCUUUACUGGACUGUCCGAGUGCAUUAAUACAGCCAUCCAUCCAGCCGUCUUCAGCUGCUUAUGUAUCAAGAGUCAGGUCGCAGGGGCAGCAGCCUAAGCAAGAAUGUCCAGUCUACCCUCUCCCCAGCCACUUUGUCCAGCUCUUCCCAGGGGACCUCAAGGCGUUCCCAGGCCAGCUGAGAGACAUAGUCUCUACAGCUUGUCCUGGAUCUUGCCCAUGGUCUCCUACCCAUGGGAUGCGCCCUGAACACCUCACCAGCGAGGCGUCCGGGAGGCAUGCUGAUCUGAUGCCCAAGCCAACUCAUCUGAUUCUUGUCAAUGUGGAGGAGCAGUGGCUCUACUCCGAGCCCCUCCAAUCUUUGCAAUGUCAACCAUCUCUAUCGCUGACAGAACAAAUGACCCUAAGAUACUCGUUUGAUUCGGCCAACUUCCUCUUAAAGUCUAAACUCUGCUUCAAGAGGCUGGUGAGGAUCUUCAAUGAUAGCUUUUGCCUUCUGAGUAGCUCUGAACUGAGAAACAUAAACCCGGUUAUCAAAGUUAACACCAACAUUUUUUUUUGGCCCUGUUUAGCCCUAAGAUUACCGAACCGACAAAUCAUCACCUCAGUUAAAAUACACAUGAGAAAAACAUUUUUGAAAGUGGUCUAUCAGCUUAAAACUUCUCAACCUUCUCAAAAACCUGACAACUGAGGCAGAGAUUUUUGUAAGAGAGAUGAGUUAUGAUGCAGCAGAGACAGAGAAAAACUGUCAGUCAAAACAUAUGGUGUCACAGAAUGUAGACUGAAAGUUUUCCUAAAAUGUGCAUGUGAGUUGCUACACGACAAAAAAACAGAUUGUUAUUUCCAGACCUGUCACCCAAUUCAUAGUCUGCAGAUAUACUUAUGAUUAUCAUUUUUAUGGUGUUUAAAUACAGAUAACAUAUAUGCUUCAUUUAGACCUGACCACAUUGCUCUGUUUAAAAUGUGAUUAUUUCAUUUUAAAAGGUUUUAAAGGUCUGCUUUUAAGGUUUGUUCUCUUACAAUGAAAUCAGAUAACCUCACUCUGACAUUCACAUUUACAACACACUGGGAUUUAGCAUUCAUUGUAUAUUAAUAUGGACAUUGUGCACCCAUUAUCCUACCAUUUUGGGAUGUGAGGUCAUAAUACCGACUCAUAGAUGCUCACAUAUUGUGCUCGUCGAUCUUGAUUGACCUCGAACCCCUCUGCCAACCAAAUCAUGCAUUUAACGCGCUGGUAAAACACUAUGGAAAAUUAAGAGUCAAUUCUAGAGUCAUUGUUCCUCAACUAUUCUCUUGCUUUUCCUCCUCUACUAAUCUAGUACAGAGCAAUGCAGGAGCUGAGAUUUGUCACCAGAACUGUUGAUGAAUCAUCCCUUUCAAAUCAAACAAUCAAGUGAAACCCUUGAACAUAAAUCAAUCAAUUCCACUAGUAAGCUUUGCUGUUGUUUAACUCCCUCCACUAAAAAAAACAAAAAGUUACCAGCUGCCUGCUGUUCUCACUUUUUUACAAAACUUCUCCAGUGUAUAAAAUUCUAUUCAGUAUUGUUAUGCUUUUAUACUUUUUUGCUGUCUGCCUUCAGAUCGCCUUCAGCCAUGUGCUGGUCAGAGGGGAAUUUCAUGAGAAAAGCUUACCUUUCUUUCUUUAGCUGUACACUGAACUGCAUCCUUUUCACAGAGCAAAUAAAAGUGGAGCAAAAAUAAUACCCUCCAGCAUUCAUCUGUCCGAAUCCAUCCCCUAAAUGUAUGAAUGAUGUCAAUAGCGCCCAUGCAUUGACCGAGCUAAUAGCUCCUGGCGUGACUUAGAUUUUUUAAAAUUCUCUGACGAUGAGGGAUGCGCGCGGUGACAUGUUAUCUAUUCUCUUGAUUAGACGCAGAUGAGCAUCUCGCACAUGGAUAUGUUAGAAUGACAUCGCUUUCCCAUUUCUCAUCCAUGUGUUAAUGUGCCCCGCUUCAUUUUCUGAUUGACCAACCCCCAGUAAUCACUGUAUCUCAUCACAACAUCCCCCUCUCCUCUUGUGCUGCAGCUCACCAAUUCAGCGAACCCAAAUUAAACAGAGACUCAUCACAAUAAAGCGCGGCACAAACAUUAUGCUUUUGUGCUUGAGACCAUUAUUGCCCCAUCCUUUUUCCACGCCGAUGAAAUUACACGCGGUAGAUUAUGACAGGCAUCACUUUGUAUCAUGUCUUGUGCGCCUGGUAUCUGGUACUCGGAGUGACAGCCUCACAGAAAACACAGAAACAGAUACCACAUGGUCAAGUUAACCAAUUCAAAGGAGACAUCAUUGCAAUCACCAUGUUACUAUAAUUAAAUUCAGAUUGAAUCAAGUCUAUUUUCAUGGUGCUACUCAUACUAUAUCCAGCUGAUACAAUUUAAAGUAGAUCCCGCUGUCUGUUCUAAUGUGGUGUGCUGAAUGAGCAGCGCUACUUUGCAGAAAAUAAAUUGGAUACAAUCUGAUCAAGUGAAAGCCUUUCAGACUUAUUCCAGCUGAAUAUCUUAGAUUAACAUAGAAUGGCAGCGAGUGAGAAUUAACUGAUCUUUCGGGCCUAUUGAGGCUCAAUGUGUCAGAGUGAAUAGAGCUACAGUCCACAUGGUGGAGGAUCAUCAGUGGAGCUGAAGAGACUGACUCCACACUUGACUGCGCAGAUUAAGAGAGUGACAGGGACCUAUGACUGCCUAAUUCAAUGGGGGCACUCUCUGUAGAAAACACUUCAUUCUCAACAAUGUCGCUCGGCUCUCCUGUGCGAUCUAUCCGGCUAUAAGUAUUAUACAUCCACGUUGAAACACCCCCGCUUUUUUACUUCUAUUCAGCUUGAGAGCAAGAUCUGUGUUGUAGGGGCUGAGCAGUCAUCAAUUUUCUACCAGGCGCGGAGAAAAAAAAGAUCAAACACACACCUCUUCUCUCACUCAUUAGGUUUUAACUUCUUUGACUUUUUUAAGAGCUUUGAUUAUCGGUGAAAAGAUGGGCGUUUUAAAAUGAUCGCCCCAGUUACAGGAUAUCCACAUCACAGAGAGCUAAUGAAUCAUACAUAUAUCUGAAUUUCUGAGCAUCCUCUUCAUUUCUUUUUUUUUUUUUUUCAAAGGGAAUCACUGGGAUCCGGUUUGCUGAACAUCAGAGGUGCUACAUCAGGACCCAAACCAGAAAGCUACCCACAGUGGCAGAGGUGAAGGCUGAGGACACAGAGUUAGUGGUGAGCCUCCUCCCACAGCUGUCUGUUCCUCGGAUUCUCUGUAGUCCUGCAGAGGCUGUCAUGCAUAUUGUCGAGAGAUAACCAGAGUAGAGCACUGAGAGCACCACACAAAUCCUCAGCCUGUCCAUCUUAUCCCGUCUCCCCCGGCCCUCUCACUGAAGAAUAAACCAGGGUUUGUGAUGCCUGUGAAACUGUCAGAAAGCUGCCCACAAACCCGUAGCCUCUUUGUGGCUCACUUCAAAUGCUGUUUGCUGUCAAUCUUGAGCCAAUAUUAAUUUUUAAUCAUCUCCUCCAAAGGCUCUACCCAAAUAGCCUUAAGGGGGAAGGGUGCGAGAGUGGUCUGAGUGAGAGGUAAGCCAUUAAAACCGUAUUUUUUAAAAAGAGGAUUGCUUUGUAAAAUUCACAAGGCUGCCUCUAUAAGUUUAGAGUGAUUCAUUUUUUACUUCUCUGGGUUCUUACAGUCCUAUGUGAACUUCUGCAAAAAGGAAGGGGAAGAGAUUCAAUCAAUCAAAAUUCCCAAUUUUUCUGUGUCACAGUGCAUUUCCCUGAGUGGGCUGUAUGUUCAAAGAGAAAAUCCCACUCUCAAAUGUCUCUUCUGCUUGCACGCUCUCAUUUACAUUUCAUAUUGUAUCUGGGAAGAAGUACAGUAGCUGGCAAAUAUCUGAAGCUCCCGGCUCGCUGCUCAAUUUUAAACACAGAAUAAGCCAAUUGUCAGUUGAAGCAAAACCCAAACUCAGUCUUAACUUUAAGAACCCAAGCUGUUGCACCCUUAAAAAACAAAGGCUGUUUUGUUUUUCCUUCCUCUUAUGUACAUAAUGUCUGAUCCACAUUUACACGUACUAAUUGCCCAAGCAGCACCAUAUGUCCAUGCCAUAUCUGUCUUCUUCUGUGCACUGUGAAGCCUAAUUGGCUUAAUUCACAGCUCCAAAGUGAAUCAACCAAGGCCAAGAAAGUGACAUGGACUCAUACUAGUCGUUACAGAAGCUCUUAUUGGGACUGCCAUGAGCUAACUUGAUUUUUUAUACCAUGCUUGAUGAACUACCUUUAGACAGAAUAUGUUUUUUUGAAAUACUAUUUGCAUUAAGCUGUUCUAUUCAGUUGCAAACUACAUGGUUUAAUAAUAAUACUCGCUUAAAGGGAUAUUCAGGCGUAAAAUUAAUUUAGGUCAAACACACCGCAACACUAAGUUAGACACCCCCUCGAGAGAUGAAUGUAAUGAUCGCACGAUAGCAAUACACAGCGGUCUGAGGAGCCAUAAACAAACCUCAACCAAACGCCACUCUAUAGCCACAAAUAAUGCUCAGAACAGCACCUAACUUCAUUGUGUGUUGGUUACUAAAGUUGGUAUAACUAGAGAAGCAAGUGGUCGGCAACAUUCAUCUCUUGAGGGGUCAGAUACAAUGGAAAAAGACCCAAAUGCAGACAACAAGGUAGGAAGAAGUCGUUCAAGUCACCGUUUAGUUUUAGACCCAUAAGCUUACUGGUAUGGGUUAAGAGUACAAACAGAGGUAACUAACAGAGUCCCCCUGGUUGGAGGAACAGGACUGGAAAAAAGACCCUAAUGCAUACAGUUAUAGAUAAAACCAGAUGGUCCCAGGGCUCUAGGUUCAAUUCAUUUAGAUCCAGCAUAAAUUCACAAAUCAUCAAUUUUGACAAUCUGGAAGAAGAUUGAGUGGAAAUUUUCCUCUCUAUAUGCUUCAGUGCUGAUGAGGGGACUAUAGAAACGGGGGAGCAGGUUGAUAUUUGUUGAUAUACAGGAGAAUGGCUUUGUGGUGUCCUAUAGGCACAAGGAACUGCUCUACACACUGAGACAGAAAGGCCAGUUUUGUGUAAAAAUAAAAAGACUUUGUGACAGCAGCAAUAAAAAAUGUAAAUCUGAGCACUUCUCAUGUGCAUUGGAUAAAUGAAUUAAGGGUGCAGGGCCAUCAUCUGUCCAUAGAAAUGACAUUGAUCUUCUCAGCCAUCGCCAGGCAGGGGACUGAAUAAUUCUAUUUCUAAAAAUGUCAAAGUAAUUUGGAGUAAUAAUCAGAGCGAUAUGUUAGAAACAAUACAAAUGGCACACAAUAUUCACCCACCAUUUCUAUUUCAAACACUGAUGGUUUUGUUAUUAUACUUGGUGUAUUUCCACUGUGUUUACACCUCUUUUUACGAGAGCUUGUAUUUCUGCGAAAACACUGGACUGGACAAUAGAAGCAUGGCAAAAUAUCAAAGGGGCCACAUUAAGGUAAUAAACAAUGACCUUGGCCUGACUUCACUGUGCUCUGUCCUCACAUUAGACAGCGACCCUCUCCGAAAAUCCACCCACAUGUGACCCUGAAAAAGAUCAGCACAAGUUCCUCCUCAGGUGGUGAAACACAUAAAGCUCACAGGGGUUAAAGCCAAGCACUAAUGGUUCCUAGCUUAACCCAGCCACAGGCUUUCAGGAAAGAAGGCUCACGGCAGCCACAGCAGGCUUUAGAGCCGAGGUAAAAAAAUAAAAAAAACAAUGGCAAAAAUUGCGGAAAAACUGCAGGCAGCUGAUAAGGAAAUGCAUCCCCUGUGAGGGAAAACCAGGUGAAAAACAGGGGUUGUUUGCCAGGGUUUUUCCCUCCCUUUUCAAUUUGCCUCCUCUAUAAAAUGUCUGAGGAGUAAUCCCUUAGCUUCAUUCCAGUUCCCCCAGUUUGACACAGAAACCACCAUCUGCCUCCCUCACAACCUUUAACAUUGUCGACGGAUGCUGCUUGCUCCAUUAAACAACCACUUAAUAUGGAUGACCAAAGCUUGCCCAGCAACCCAAAACCUCCCACUCAGGCAACAACAGCAAACUGAGCAAACAGGACUCUGAAGAAAAGCACAAAAAACACACCAACGGAGGAUUUGACUACACUAAAAGUCCUGCAGGCACACAGUACAAUUUGUUUUUCUCAUGUUGUCUGCAUAAGUAGGAAAGCUGAACUGACAACAGGCUGGCCAAUGAUACUUCUCAGGCACAAACACCACCAACUUCAGCUCUUACACUUGGUGUCUGCUAAUUGCUACCAUGCUAGUCCCGAUCAGACAAAUAACUUUUUGAACUUGCUUUGGUUUCUGUCCUAACAAGUUUGCAGACACACACACACACACACACUGAGGGUCCGUUAGUUAACACAGUUUGUCAAAAACAUGGACUUUAAACUGUGUUUCAUACUUGUAAGUUAACCUUGACCCUUCUUCAAUCCUUUGCUGUUACCAAAAGGUCAACAGUUCACCAAACUGCAGCAGGGCUUGACACUAACUUUUUUCAGCACAUGUGCUCCCAAGUUGAAAAAGUAAGGAGCAGGCAAGGAACUUUAGGGGCACAAUGAAAAUUGAUCAAAUAAUGUGUGUGGGUCGAAAUAAGUACUAUUAUUUAAAAUCAAUUGUAGGUCUUUUGAUCACAUGGCAUAGAAGCUAUUGAAGAAAAUGUUCAAAAUUUGCCUUAAAAUUUAACACAAACAUUUUUAGAGGACAAAUUAAGGAAAUAAAGGGAUGUGUCUUACUGGUCGACAUAAGUACUAUUAUUUGAAAUCAAUUUUAGGUCAAUUGGUCAUGUGACACUGAAGCUAUUGAAGAAAAUGUUCAAAUUUGCCUUUAAAUUUAACACAAAAAAAAUUUAGAGGACAAAUAGGGAAAUAAAGAGGUGUGCCUUAUUGUCCGAUCUUAGUACUAUAAUUUGAAAUCAAUUUUAGGUCAAUUGGUCACAUGACAUGGAAGCUAUUUAAGGAAAACAGCCUUUUUUGGAGAACAUCAACCAGUAAUUUAUUGAUGGUCCCUUAUACAACACCUGACGUUGACAGCGAAGGUGUUGAGUGGAUUUAACCGUGCUGCUCUUGCUAUUCCCAGUUAUGGAGAGCAAAAAGACACCGGAAGAUCUGCAGUGAAUGGACGUCAAAUAUCCAACCUAAAACUAACUUGACAGCAGUAUUUACAUGAAAAAACAUUUGUAGCCAUGAUUCUUUUAUCAGAAUACACCUAAAUACAUUUUACAAUUCACAUACAUCUAUUUUUAGUCGCAAAUGCGAGUGAAACAGUCACACUGUCGAGCCCCUGCAGCCAUGUUAGUUUGACAUUUCUCUCAUGCUCAAAGCUUAAAUAGCUUUCUUUUGUAGUCCAGUUGUUUUUCAAAACAAUACAAAAGGAUAUAAUUGCAUACCAUACACCACAACAUCUUGUAUUCAACCACUGAUAAACUUAGUAUUAAUUACUUUCACACGAGUGCAUGAUGGCUGCAAUGCAUUCCCAGUGUUGGUUUGGUGCAUCAGCUAUGACAGUCCUCAAAGUGUGCAGUCUGCACAUUAACAGUAGAGAUAGUGAAAGGGCAGAAGACAUGUGACAGCCAACACAGCAACAAGGACGAAAAUUGCCAGAGUUUUAAAGACAGACUGACAGACCAAGUCUGCAGUAAUCCACUUCUGUAUGACGUGUCAUCGCCACUGCACAGCAACAAACAUGCCAGUCAGAAUGACUUACACAGAGCACUAGGAAAAAAUGCUGCAAAAACUGAUUGGAGGUGGUGGUGAUGGUGUGCACAUGGCUACCGGUCAUCAGUCCACGGAGCAGGCUCAAGAACUUGUCACUUUUGCCACGAAAACUCUGAAUUAACAGAACUGUAACCUCUGUGGGAUCUGUCAUCUCCCCAGUCUAUAUCCCAUAAAUCUGGCUGAACAGGUGUGCUCCCAGCAGGUAGACAUACAGUGAAAAGUCAAGUGUUUAUCAAUUAAGCUCAUCAUACUGUCUCAUAGGGUACCCUACCUAAAAGGACGCAUACACAGUAUUCACAAACAUACACAAUACAGUGCAAGUGCUACAAUCAAAAAAUGUCAACACAUGUCAAGAUAUAAUAUCACCAUAGACUGUAUAUGGACAACUUGGUUCCGCCUUGCGCCAGAAUACAGAUUUGAAGCCAAAAGCUCUCAGAAAUUCUGCGUUUUUUCUCCACUUCCUGAAAACAACAUUGCGCAGUAGCGUUGUACGCACUCCACCACCUGCACAGUAGCAUUGUAUGCAUUCAGUGGGAGAGUCGCUGAGAGUCGCUGUGAUGACGCUCGGUUCAAACAGUGUAUCCCUCGGGUGAGCUACGCAAUCUUGGCUGUAUAGGCUGUAUCAAGUGUCAAUCACAGAAAACAUGAACUCCCUAAUAACUUUUAAAUACAAAGCUGUACAGAAAAAAGAGGACUUGAGCAGGGGGACGCAGCUCAAGGAGGAACAUUUAUGAUCAUUACUUUAUUAUUAUCUUAAAGUAAUAAUCAUCAUAUUAAUCAUUUUGCUCUGCAGACGCAGUAGUUCUUCUGCCUUAAUGUCUGGUUCUGAUUGCAUUUUCAUGAAGAAUAAAUGUUCUUCCUUGAGCUGCGUCACCCCACUGCAGUCCAUGGACUCGGCCGAGGUCUCACUACAAACAAGCGUCUGUGGCUUUAAGCUGUGGGUAUGUUGUGGGUUAUCAAAUAUGUUGCUUUGACCUGAAAUACAAUCGAAUAUUUCUUUGCCUUUAUAGCUGCUGAGAAAUAGUGAAGCUCUCAGAUUAGGAUUUGCAGUCUGUAACACAAAAGCACAGCUUUUUAAACAGCUCGGGAGUUUUCUGCCAACCUUAACUAAACCGUUACACUUUAUAAUAAACUCUCCUGCCUGUCUUAUGUACAGCAUGAGCGAAGCACUUGGGUUUCAUGAGCAAAUCUUUGUUGAUCUCUGGCAAACACAGCACCUCUUUACACAAUGUGUCAUGUAGACAGUGUUUUCCCCCUCGGGACACAGUGGCAGGAGAGGGUAAAUUCAUUAACUACAGCACAACUGGUGUAUAAUUAAGUUGUGCACUGUAGGCGGAAAGCGUAUAUACAGCAGGAGCAGGCAGCCCAAAAGAAAUUACCAUCAUUCCCAAGGUCUAGUACUUGAUAAAAAGUUGCUUGUGUCCUAAUAAUAUAUCAUUCCUCAAUGGCAAAACAGAAAAGCCUUUCAGGAGUGAGUGUGAGCUGUAGGACUAUAAUCAUGUUGUCUUUGUGCUUGUCAACUGGCAUUUGGAAAUCCCUGCCCCAUGCUAAAACGCUGACCUUUACCACCCCCCAACCCCCCCACCCCCAGGCCCUCUCCUACAAGUUAUUGGAGUCAUUUCUCAGCUGUGAACAAAGUCAUGUUGUGAGCCCCCUGUCGUGACCUCCAUUUACUUUCAAGAGAAGACUCACUUGGCUUCAGCGGUUAAGAGGUCCAAUUAGAGAGUGCUGUUUGUGUUCUUCAGGGUUGAUUUUAAUUUCUUGGUGAGAGCACUAACUCAACGCAGGAGCACCCUUUAUGCCUUACAGUACCACCGCAACAACCAGUCCUUCCAGUCUUUACUAGUCCGCUGGCUGCUGCUUAAAAGUAAGAGGAAAGUGUAUCACCUGCUGCGCCCAAACACAAUCUUCAAAGUGACAAAGUGCACUUUUUUUCCUCUCCGCAGGUCACAAGUGUGUGGCACAGUGACAAACAAGAAGCAGCAUGAAAAGCAAAACUCUUACUCAAGUGAGAAUGACAGGGGUGAACAUGAGGGAGGGGGGCACGACCCGUUAUAAAUGAUUCUCGCUUCCACUAUAGCCCCGGGAUUCUACGUCAAGCUUAACUAAUGUGCAAUUAAGCCUUAGACUGGGAGAAAAUCACCUUGUAAAAACAUUUGUCAAGUGAACUGUUUUUCUGUUCUGGGUUGCUAAUUAACAAGGGAAUGGGAAGAAGGGUUUGUUUGUGUGUGUAUUUACAUAUACAUGAAGAAAAUAAAUAUCUCCACUGUUACGGGAGAGCAUUACCAAAUCCCCUUCAUAUGUCUCUAUUAGACAGCACUGACAUGUAGUCCCUAUCAUUAAGCAAUAAUAGUUUACUUUACAGCUCAUGAACUACAGUAUCAACAAAUUAAGCCCUCUGAUAAUGCUGGGUGCCAAGCGAAGCAUUGUUGUGGGGGGUGGGGGGUUGGAGGGAGAGAGUGAGGCAAAAAGGGGAGGAGGGAGGAGAAUGCAAGGCUUUAUUGUGUCUGUCACAUUAAACGAUAUUGCAGCCACACUCAGAGUAAUGAAGACCACUUCUAAAGUCAUUUAAAAGUCAAAUCAUCACUGUCUGUGAAUUUCAAUGAUGUAUAAUAGAAAGAGCAUGCCGCAGGCUUGAGGAGGAGAGGGAGGAGAAGAGGAGGGGAGUCAGGGCAGGGGGGAGUCAGGGAGUCAGGAAGUGGCCGCCCUCUCUGAGGAUAGAGGGGGAAAGAUAAAACGAUGAGGGUAGAGUGACUUCGUGACUCAGGGGAGGAGGGUGCAAAUGCAGGACAUUACUUUGUGUGGGGUCUGGACAAUUUUGCAGGCCUUACAUGCUGUAUUAUAUAUGUAUAUCUGCAUUUGUAUGUGUGUGUAUGUGUGUGUGAUGUUUUCCAGCAGGUGGAUCAGACUGAGGCUAUGGAUACCAAAAUGGACGACUCCCAAGUGUGGGUUCCUGCUGAGGAGCCCAUCGUUAACCCGGCCUUCCUCUUUGACUCCAAGAUCUGGGAGAUUUGCCAGGAGCUGCCCAUCCACUGGAUCCAUCCUUCCCUCCUCAGCGGUGAGAGCAGGGGGCACCUUGGCCUCUAAACGUAGACUAUUAACAGUCUCACUGGAUGGCAACACCCAAGGCCAUAUGGAGGUGUGGAGAGACUCUGAGAUUUCCCAAAACAUACAGUAUGAGCUUCCGGCCUAAGCUCCAUCAUACUCCAGCUCCAUAUUCUCCAUUACAGUUACUGUAAAACCCAGAAUAUAGGUGGCACCAAUAAUCUGGGUGUAAAAUACAGUCUGUUUUGGGGGUCUCUAAAAGGGAUUCAACAAAACUUAGCUGCUGUUUAGCUCUUUCAAGUACAUCUGUUUAAUAGUUGUGAGGCGUGACCAACUGUCUGUGACCAAACCACCCACUCCCAUCACUUCUGCUGGUCACUGCUUUUCUUAAACUGAUAAGUCUUUUCCACCAAACACAGCAAGGUUCACAAUUUGCUUUAAACCUGCAACUCAGAACCUGUAAAGAUUAAAACCAGUGGUGAACGUGAGCCGGUAGGCAGCGGUACGCAGCGGUACGCCAUACCAGGAAGACGUAAACAGCAGUUUACAGCCGGUACGCAGCGGUACACGAACUUUCACCCCUAUAAUGUAUGUAGACUACAUUUGCUUACCGUGUUGCCGCACGUCAGUCUGCACUCUUCAUUGUAACCGUAGUAAUCCAAUGGGACAAUGCUGCCAUAGAGUGAGUCGUAUUUGCUUCCGGAAACAAAUUCCAGAAAUUGGAGGCGCGUUCAGUGCGCACUUUUGAUUGGACGCUGGUUGCCUAGGCGACCGCCUCCCGCCUUUUGCGGAAGAAGGGAACUUUUAAAGAGACAGCUGCUUUAAUCUUAAUGCGGAAAUAAAACAAAAUGAAGAAGAAAACUGAUUUUAUGUUCAAGAGAAAGAGAGCUGCUGCAGAUGACGAUACUGUGGCAUCGGAGUCGGCACCUUGUUAAAUUUGGAUGUGCUCCUCUUGUACAAAGCCUACAGGUACAGUACCUGCAAGAACCUUAUCCCAGGGCUGCCAAGUUUCAGAAAAUGACAAGAGUGAAACUUAAAGUAUGGGCUGCGAAAUUUUUUUGCCUUUCUUAAUGUUGAUUUAUACCUUAAGACUGAUGUCCUCACCUCUAUGCCAGCUGCUCUCCCUAAUGCUAGCCCAGAAAUUAGAAAUUAAAAUUGUGACAAAAUACAUUUAUUUGUCAAUAUUGCAUUACGUCGAGUGGGUUAUAAAUGUUAGCGCUGUUGUGUGUGAAAGAUAGUCAGAGACGUCAAAACCCAAAAACAAACUCAGUGUUUCGGUUAACAAGUCGGAAAAAAAGCAAAAACGGAGGCAGAAACAACAUGGCUACAUCUACGAAAGUUAUUUUAGCGUGUCUCGUACGAUUAUAAGGCAUGCGCUAAAAUAACUUUUGUAGAUGUAGCCAUCUUGUUUCAGGCCUCCGAUUUUGCUUUUUCCGACUUGGUAACUGAGACACUGGAAACUCGGGUGUGACGUCAUUUUCAGCUACGACAUCUGACUUGCGAGGUUACUCGAACGCAGUAUUAGGCACAAAGGACUAAUAGGUUGGCCUGGGAUCGGAUAUCUCAUUCAGUUAACCAUAGUUACUCAAAACUACGGUAGCUCUGUUAUCCUACUUUCACCCCUGGUUAAAACCAGCUAAAAAGUGGCACCACCAGACUGGUCGGCAUUGCUAUGUAUCUCAGCAUGAGCGGCUUUUUGUCUCUUUGAGCUCUGUCUUCUUGGUAAAAUACUGGCACACACAAAAAAAAAACCCUCUUUGCAUUUUGAGCUGACACUUGUAUACUGCUUGAACUGUUAUACCUGGAUAAAACCAACUUGUCAGAUGAAGAAAUAAAUCAUUCAGCUUUUUUUAUGUCGUAUUCUGCAUAGAGUUUUAUAGUCAUUUGAGUUUCAAAAGUCAUCUUCAACUAAAUCUGUAAAAUAUCUGCUAGUAAGUGAUAUUUUUAACCUGUUUAUCCUGCAAAAAUAUGGGUCAAAAACCAGGUAUUCAUGGACAGGUGGAGUUUUAACAUUAAUUUUGAUAGAGUAACAAGUGAAGAGGUAUUUGAAUCCACAUUUUUGAAAAAGAUUUAGACCAUAUGCUUUAACGGAAAGCUUAAACUGUUAUAAAGAGAGACCAACAAUAUUUCUGCACUGAACAAACUAAUUUAUGUGCAUGACUAUAAGACGGCACUUCAAAUACCAUGUGUAGUGUGUUAAAGUGUAUACACAACUAAUAUAAACCCAAUGUAUUUAUUCUACUGAAGGGAGAAAAAUGAAUAAAAAGUGAGGUGGAUUAGAGGAAACAUACCAACACAGGGUUUAUCAAGUCUAGGGUGAUAAAACUCAAGGCUUAAGUUGAAUUCAAAAACAGAUUAUUGCCUGAAACUCUUCAGGGAGGAAAUUUGAUUUCAGAAGUCGGUAUGCAUAAAAUACAUAAAGCAGAAAUGUCUUAAAGAAAGUGGAGUCAAGCUGGGUCUUGGUCUUCUGGGGGAUCAUUUUAAAAGGGAGUCAACAGUUUUUAACAAAGACAGUUAAAUUGACAGUAUUCCUGAAAUACAUGCACAAAGGGGAGUUUAUAUACAGCUGCAAUAAUUGUCCAUGUGUGGGUAUGGUGUUUACAGUGUCUUAUAAAUGUUGUUUGGAUUAAUUUAGCAGACUUUACUGAAUUUCUCCUGAAUGUGAGUAAAUAACAUCAAGUCACUGCCAAAUUAUGAGUACAAUGGGAAAAAAAAAACGUAACAACCACAUAAAUACCUUCUGUUUUUACUGCUGUCUCUGUGACUGCAGAUGCCGAGGAGGAAAACGUGGACACACCCGAUGUGGAGGUCACAGGUCAGCGUUUUGCCCGAGACGUCCUGGACCACCCUGCAGUAAACGACUAUGUAAGUGGGACCUCACCGAGAGAUACAGUGGAGCCACUUCAAUCAGCUCUGGCUCUGCUUCGACUCUUUCUGCAUAUAAAUCGCUCACUAAUUGAUGUUAAAACUGACUUUGUGCACCAGAGGGCAUAGCAAUUGCUCUAUAUAUCUGUUUAAGUAAGGCCAGUUCAUUGAAGACUCCCUUAAUGUCUCUCCAUUAAUUGAGAGGAAUAUCCAGCCUUUUCAAAGGCAGCAACUUGUGCCUUACAGCGCCCGAUACUUCCUUUUUUCACUUUCUUUUUUUCUGCCGCUCUGAACAAAGGAACGCUCUCAAGGUCACUCGCUGCUGCACAGAUAAGUUACAUUUAUUAAUAAUGCUGUAAUUAUCAAAGCGUAUAAAAUGAAUGGAGGGGCCAAGUGGCAUAUUUUUGGUGCGUUGCAUGUAAGCCACUCGGUGCUGUGUGGGUAAUUAUGCCUGACUGAGAGGGAGAAGUACAUAAAGCAGGAUAUUACCCAAAAUAUGUGCUUAAAUGCAGAAAAACUAACAUAGAAGUUGCAUGCUGAAGGUACCAUACACAAACAGGGCUGUAUAGUAUCUAUCAUAUGCGCAUACUUCGACUGCAAAUUCAGGUGAGUGGACACUCGAGCUUCAUUCAGGGACAAUGAGUUGAUCCCCUCUUUAGAGGAGCCAGACCCACAUCCUGAAGGGACGUCGCUCAAGGUCCUUACACACCGGGGCCCACGCUAAUAUAGAACGCGAAAUUACGAAAUAUUCAGAGGCAAAUUUUGACGCGCCUGACUGUACACAUAAAGCCCGAUGCGAUUUUGCGACUUUCCAGGGGAAAAAGAUGCAUCUCGGGGAGGAGUACCUGAUAAGCACAUUAAACUAUGGUAACAACCGUUAGCUUACGUUAGCACGGAUGAAAGUUAAAACAAAGAAGCACGCAAACUAUCGUCAUAUGAGAGAUCCGACGCUAUGACUCUCCACAAGUUGUCCUUCAGGUCAUUAUCUUUGUAAUGUUUGUGUCUUUCAUCAAAAAGCACUCUGUUCUCUGACACGUAAACAAUCAGCCGGUCUGCCAUGUUGGAUAUACCGGUGAAUCAGACGUCGCAACAACACGCAAUCUGAUUGGUCAGAAGUGGACACACAGUAUGCGAAACUUUAGAAAAAUCGACUGUUAUUCGAAAAAAUAAAUGCCGCAAUAUCGCAGAACGGGAAAACGUCGCUGAUGUGAAUGCUUGUAUUGACAGGAUACAGGUUCAAAAAAAAAUAUUGACGUCAGAAAUAAUUGCACGACAAAAACGGUCACGGUGUGAAAGGACCUUCCGCCUGGCAGUUCAAGGCUGUAGUCCACAUGGCAGCAGUUGCUGGUAAGACUCCAGGCCAGGACCCCUCACAGGUUGUCUCUCUUUAGCUAUACGACCUAGUCUAAGGCAAAAAAUUACCUAGAAAAAGCACUAAAGAUGUCUGUCUGGAAAUAAGACAUCCUAUAAGGUUGACAUUUGUCACACUUUGUCCCAGAAACCCCUUCAGCCCUCACCUUCUGCAGCAGGAAAUGCAGAGCUAUGCAAUUAAAACAUACCAGGAGGGAUGAAAAACUCAGCUCUCCUUUUUUUUCCCUGCGUUUAUCGGCUGAGUCAUGCAUACCGCUGCAGUCCAUUCCAGCAGCACAUCCAGGCUCUGUUUGUGGGUCCAGUGAUAACAAAGGCCUUUGUGGCCAAACAGAGGGCAGGCGGCAGUUUGUAAUUGGGAGGCUGAACUCUCAUUCAUUCCAGCAGGAUGCCACGUGUGUCCGCCAAUUUUUUUCUCUUUUUCCUAUUUGUAUUUUUGAGCUUUAUUCCGAUUUCAUAUCAGGGUGCACAGAGUCAGAUUUUACCACAAACGCCGUGCUCCUCACUCUGUUUGCCUUUCAUCCAUCAUGCUCUCAUACAUGACACGUUAAGAAAAAAACGAAAGAGACGUUGACUUCAUCUGUUUUCACAAGCCUGCAUUUCAGCGCUGUGUCUUUGUAAAGCAGCAUAAUUGCCUGAGUUUUUGUGACAGAGGCUGAGAGAUAUAUGAAAGUGACCUUUGCCACGGCUGCCAUGUCAGAGCACAGUGUGUAACAAUGGUGGCCCUGGAAAUUUCAAACUGAAUAACUACCAUCUGACAAGGCUGAAGAGAUGAUGCCACCGUCCUUGACCUGUACAGCAGGGAUGGGCUUCCAGUAUGAAUUGACCCUCAACACACACGCAUAACUGCACACACACACACAUGUUGGUUUGUUUCAGCUGGGGUCUCUUCUUCUUCACAUCCUUUUGGAGUUACACUCGGGGGUCAGGCUGUUUUCUGCUUGUGCAAUGUAGAGGUGCAAAAAGCAAAAGGAAUUCAAAUCCAUGAAUGCAGGAGCUGUUAGUGCCUCUGGAGAAAUCUUUACACGGAAGCUAAAGCUCCUUAUCACUUUAGCAGAGUUUACUGAAAUACAUGACUAUCUUUUUAUUCAAUUACAUCCGAAUUUUUUGACAUUCCUCUUCACUGUAAGGCACAGUGAGAUGAAAAUCAGAGAUCAGGACAAGCAGAGACAUUUUCAUAUGUUGUAAUGUCCUGUGCAACUACAUGAAAAAAAACCCUCUUGAAUACAAAGCAGGCUAUGAAACAGAAAUGUUAUCUCUGCUGUUUUGAUCCCAGAGUGAAUGUGCUGAGCACUCCGCUAUGAGAUUUAAUAACACAUCCAGGCAUGUGCUUCAAGCUCAUGAAGAGUGCUGAUCAGGGUGUGUGAAAUAACACCAACAAGUGUGGAGAUUAGAGGAGCCGUGCUUUGAUUCAUUACAUCUUAUUGAAUGACUGACGCAGGCUUCGACUCUGCAGACUCAUUCAUUUCCAGUGCUUCAUAUUAUGCGCCGAGGUGUCUGAGUUUGUGCGCGUGUUUGCAUACGUGAGCCCAAGUGUGUGAUGAAAUCAGAUGCAGCACAGGGGUAAUGGCUUUUACUCUUCAUUAAUGCUGCUUGUUUUUGAGUGACUGCCUCAGAUUUCCCAAGGUGAACCAUUCUUAUCACCGCAGCAUCCCACUAGAGACUGCGACUCAGAGCUGGGGUGAUUAAUAUGUACCCGCCGUUUUAAAAGGAUAGCUCUGAUUAAUUGUCUUUUAAGGUACAAUGCUGCCUAUUGGCUGUUUGUUUUGAUAAACGCUGCAUCAUUUGAAUAAAAUAUUUUCUUCAUUUUCCAGAGACGGAGCGUUAGAUUUCGUAACAUCCAGUUUCGGGCUGUGAGGAGCAGAUAAGAUUAUUGUUGGUCCAUUGACAGCCUUCCUGUUAUUUUCCCGAACAGAUUGUUGCCUGGAAGCUGAUGACCUGAAACUUGACUGAAACAAUAAAUCAUUAAAAAGCCUUCCUGUGCUUGUCAUAGUAAUAAAUCAAACAUCCUAGAUAUCAUCUGUCGCACUCUUUCUAUGUGUUUUAAGUACGGCUCACGAGCGUGUAAUUUCACCCACUUUAUCAUGGUUCACGACAAGUGCACGGUGAGCCUCCUACGGAUUCAUACUUUCAGUCGUAGGAAGUGGCAGAGGGAGGCGGCUUUAUCAGGUGCAAAUGACUUGUGAAAAAAACAUAUAACCAAUAAUACAAUAAUAACAAAAAUUCAAGAUGCAAUAACCUCAGCUUGUGUUUGCAAGAGUGCAUUUAAUUCUCACAAUACUAUUAAACAAACAGAUAGAAACGAAGCAAACGGACAGCAUUAAAGGUGGGGUAGGCAGGGUCUCAGGAAGUGCCAGUUUUGGGGAGAAAUCUUGAAUGUAAACACUACCCCUCCCAACCAGUUCUCCCCUUAGCUCCUCCUCUCCCCUCUGUCUUUGCCCCUUCAAACCCCGCCCACAAACAGACGCUCAUCCUUGUAUCGUCCUGUUCCAAUUAAAUUCAGAUAUAAUGCAGAUAAAUACUUCAGAGAAUUACAAAUGGGGCCCAGUCAAAGUGAAAGUAAAAAGCAUUGGUGCGUCUGUGGAUGACAACAGACUACCAGCAAACACAAUGUUUGCAGGACUUCUACAACGAGGAUAAAGUGACAUAGUCCAGGACCUGAGGUAAACAGUUUAGCGGCGCUACAACAUGCAGCAGGUCCCGUUUGACAAGAAACACUUCUGUUACAGACACUUGGCUUACUUUGUUAAAGUGGUUUACCUGUCUAGCAGAAAGGUUACAGGGUCCGCAAGAUCCCGAAGCCUCCCCCAUAGUUUACGCGAGCUUCACUGAUGGUGACCCGGCUUUUUAGCUCUUGUCCGACUGGUCCACCUCCUUUUUAAGCGCCCGUUAUUCCGCUAGAGUCUCUGGUAUUUACUUCAUUUUCUUGCUUGUGUUGGCAGUCAUGGCCAAAGGACCAUUCAGACAAUUUUCCAAACUUUCUGGUUAGUUUCUACUGUCCGAUAUUGUAGCACGCUAACUUUGUUUGGGCUCAUAAACGACACGGGGGAGCAGCAUCUGCCUCACAACCAUCAGGUUGGGGGAGGCGGAGAAUGGCUUUGUUUACAGUCAGAAAGAGCGGAGCGCUCUGAAAUUUGAAAAUGUUGACUACACAGACAUAAUAAUACACAGCGAUAUCGUGAUAUUACCAAAUGUCAUCAAUGACUAAUAGCUAUUGACUGAUAUUAAAAGCUUUUUUGUAUAUAAACCACAAAAAAAGGUGCUUCUUGAACGGAUUUCUGCCUGCCCCACCUUUAACGUGGUAAUUGUGGUCCUGAAUAUAAGCCAGCACCUGUUAUCCCAGAUUUCACCAAAUCAUGCCAAAUCCCAGUUUAGAUGGCACCAAAGGUCUUGGGAUAGAAGCUGCUAUAGUAAAAAUAUGUGUUAUCAUAAAAAGUGACCAAUCAAAUUACACAACAAGGAGCAAAGGUCAAAGGUUAUUUGCUCUCUUGUCUGUGGAAUAUCACCUUUAAAACAUUGAGAAUAAUGAAAUUUUGUUUCAUAGAAAAGCAUAUAAUAAAAUUAUUAUUAUUAUCAGUUGUAAUAGCAGUAUUCAUAGUAGUAAAAUAAAGUAGAAAAUCCUUUUUUUUCUGGCAAACUUAAAAAGAAGAGGGAUGAAUUUAAGGGGAAACCGAAUUUACACUUCAGGCAUAUCUUCCACUUUCCUUUUUUUCUUUUUCCUCUUUUCUUAUUUUUAUUUUUUAUUUUUUGCUUCAAUAGAAAAAUGAAGUGAUGUGUUCAAAACUGCCCUCCCUUUGACUAAAAGAGUGGAUGCAGGAAAAGCCUAAUUCCUGGACUAACUGCAGCUGGGGACUCGAAGGACUGAGCCAUGUGCUCCUGUGGGUCCUGUCCUCUUAAACAAUUCCCGCACAUUUUCUAUUCCCAACAGUGGAUGUGUUUUGUUCUGCACUACAGCAUGUCGCUGACUCACUGUGAGUAUUGCGCCGGUUUGUUCUGAAUGUGGAGCCAUUGACUCUUCUCUGGAUUGUAGCACUUUAACGAGACAGCGAGAGGCGGAUUGUCUCUAAGGAUUCAUUUGCUAAAAGAGAUUGAAAUGUGGUCAAAUGCAUACUGAGGGGCAGUUGCUGCUUCAAGUUGCACGGUGAGUUAAGUGGCACUUCUCCGAACCCCAUUUGGAGUUGCUCUUGAUCAAAGGCAUGGCACUCAGCCCCCCAUGAGUGUACAGGGGCAUGAACCAACCGGCACAAUGGAGAAAUCCAAGGGCCAUUAAUUCUACCCAAUUUACCUUUCGUUUGGGUUUCAUUUGGCCCCUCUAUAAAUUCAGAGGCAGCCAGCAAGAGCAAAUGAAAGAAUCCUUGUUAGACGAUCAUUACUCUGCUAAUUGCUUUAGGAAUGUGCCGUGCACUUAAAGUCAAGGUCAGGGGGAGGGCGCCAAGACGUGGGGAGCUCUAAUUUGAAUGCUCUUUUGGAGGAGGGGCUGCCAUUUUGGCGCAGAGUGUGGGCUUCGGUCGAGGGAGUUAAGAGGUCAGAGAUGAAAGAAAUAGUGUAAUUAUGCUGGUAACUACCAACAUUAGAGUCCCUUUGAUUGAAGAUAGCAGUGGUGGAGAGGCUGUAAAUGCAGGAUUCAGAGAUGGGGCAUUGUGCAGCCAGCCGGCAGUCGUGCUUCCUGUGGUAUAAUAGAAAAGGUCAAGGGUAUUAUAUCAUGUUUUAUGCUCCUGCAGCUUAAAUCACGCUCGCUUACUCUCACCGCUAUCUUGAUCUCUUUGUCACAGUCAUCAAGCAUGGCACAACUUUGCAUUUUCACACACAUCAAUUCUGAUCUUUUCACUCUUGUUUGGCUUAAACAUUCUAUAUUCUGCUAAGCUAAGCUGCCUCAUCAAUUCACACCCUCCCCUCUUCAUCCUCCUCCUCCUCCACCUCCUCCUCCUCCUCUUCCUCUCCUUCAUCUUCUCUCCCUGUCCUUGCCUUGGGGAGGACUGUCGUCGGUCAUGUGUGUGAUUGUAACCCUGCCCGCUCCUGUCUGUGUCCUCCCGCAGAGAGACGUCGGAAUAGAGCUGGACAACCGUCUGGACGAGCGUGGCUACUGCUGCCAGUACUGUCGCCGUGGUUACCGCUACUGCCGCCGCUACCACGAGCCCCUGGGCGGCUUCAACCCGUGGCCGUACUACUACCAAGGAGGCCGGGUCAUCUGUCAGAUUGUCAUGCCGUGCAACUGGUGGAUUGCCCGCAUGCUGGGGAGGAUCUGAGAGGGCGAGCCCUGUCUGAGGUUUUCAAGUGUUGAUGUUGAUCAAGGUGCAGAUCCUGCAGUCCAUUGAACACAGUCAUUAUCCAGACUGAAGGCUGGCCCAUUGAGUUUUAGUCAUUCUAAAUAGUCUAAAAGUUAGUGAAGCGCUUUUGAUUCUCCCUUAAAAGACAUUGGUUGUUAACAGCUGUCUAAUUUUCUUUGCUUAUCUACCCACUUAGUAUCCUUGCUAUUUGAUCCUGUUGAAUGGUUGCAAUUUAGUGUGGAAGGUGCUAUCAGAAAGUAAUCUGCUUAAAAAUACCUGAGCUCUGUUUGUCCUUGCUUUACGAUCCAUUCAUUUUAUAUUUGAUUGAUUGAAAAAAAAAGUAUUGUUGUUUUUUUUCAUAUUCUAUGCAUGGAAAUGUACAUAGUGUGUACCAAUAUAUACAUUUAUAUGUAGUGCAACCUAAAUCACAGAUAAAACCUUCUCCAAAAUGCUUAAAACAAACAAAAACAAAAUUAAAGAUGGAUGACGUGUCCCCUUUUUGUACAAAAGUGAAGCCAAAAGCUCUUGAGUCAGAGGCUGAUAUCCAUCUGCCACCGUGAAUCAAAACACCCAUUUCACUUCAGAUCCCUCAGGUCAGCACAGCCCACAGAUAGAUGAUUAUCAGACCUGUCAAUCAUUUUGUAACACUCUUUUCUCGUAUCAAAGAACUAAAUGAAACUUAACUUCUCCAAAAUAAAGUGAAGAAAUGGACUUAAAUUAGGUUCCAAAGAUAACCGUGUUUGAGACGAUUUUGAAAUUCAAAGUUUGAACUCUAAAUGUUUUGACUUCCCUUUUGAGAUGCUGGCAUGCCAUCCAUCUUUUAACAGUGUAUGGUGAACUUAUGGCAUACACAAUCACCCCAAAACCACAUCUGAGUACUAAAAAACAAUAUUUAAUAUUCAAAGAGUCCAGAAGCAACUUAAAACUGAUGAAAUAUUAACAAUGAAGAUAAAAAGAAGGAAAACAAACAAAUAAUUAAAUGCUGUAAUAUUUACAUUCCAGUUCAGAAAGAGCAACAGCUUGGGAUUUCUGCAUCUGGUUCUUAGUAGAAUCACCGUUCUUACAUCCGGUUUUAGUUAUCAUGUUAAGCUAAGGAAGUUUGGUGUAAUCAAAGAUGCACAGGCCUCUUUGUGAUGUACUUUAUGUUGUGUUAUCCUCCAUUGUUUUCUCUGUUGUUGCAAUCCACAAACUGCUUUAAACACAGCUACUGUUCAAACAGUCGCCUCCUCUGCUGGGGCGAUUUUAAUCUGCGACACCACAUCUCAAUCUGUCGAGCUGCAAUAACUCGUCUGCGACUCACAGAUAAGCAAGUGAGAUAGGCGUUUGUAAUUGAUGUUCUGUCAUCAGAGUAACAAGGUGCAUAAAUGCCCCUGAGUAUUCAAGUUAAGUUCAACUGAGAGGCACAGAAACAGAGCACUCCUCUUUGUCAUCGUGUGCUGUGAAGCCCUCUGUAAGUUUCUGUCUCCUUCUUUGAUUUUUUUCCAAUUAAAAAAAAAAA